AUGGGGAUGCUGUCCCUCCCGCUGCUCGCGAUUGGCUAGUGUCUGUGGGCGGGGUUUUCUUCACUCGCAGACGUCACGUAGUGUCCUGCAGCUGCUGCAGGAACCGGUGAGCCGGGUAAGGAACGGGGGCCGGGUAGGGACAUAUCCUGUGACAGAGCUGCUAUAAGGUGACAGGUAGAGGGAUACAUCCUGUGACAGGGCUGCUAUAAGAUGGACAGGUAGAGGGACACAUCCUGUGACAGGGCUGCUAUAAGAUGGACAGGUAGAGGGACACAUCCUGUGACAGGGCUGCUGUAAGAUGGACAGGUAGAGGGACACAUCCUGUGACAGGGCUGCUAUAAGGUGGACAGGUAGAGGGACACAUCCUGUGACAGGGCUGCUAUAAGAUGGACAGGUAGAGGGACACAUCCUGUGACAGGGCUGCUAUAAGAUGGACAGGUAGAGGGACACAUCCUGUGACAGGGCUGCUAUAAGAUGGACAGGUAGAGGGACACAUCCUGUGACAGGGCUGCUAUAAGGUGGACAGGUAGAGGGACACAUCCUGUGACAGGGCUGCUAUAAGAUGGACAGAUAGAGGGGCACAUCCUGUGACAGGGCUGCUAUAAGAUGGACUGGUAGAGGGACACAUCCUGUGACAGGGCUGCUAUAAGAUGGACAGGUAGAGGGACACAUCCUGUGACAGGGCUGCUAUAAGAUGGACAGGUAGAGGGACACAUCCUGUGACAGGGCUGCUAUAAGAUGGACAGGUAGAGGGACACCUCCUGUGACAGGGCUGCUAUAAGAUGGACAGGUAGAGGGACACAUCCUGUGACAGGGCUGCUAUAAGAUGGACAGGUAGAGGGACACAUCCUGUGACAGGGCUGCUAUAAGGUGGACAGGUAGAGGGACACAUCCUGUGACAGGGCUGCUAUAAGAUGGACAGGUAGAGGACACCUCCUGUGACAGGGCUGCUAUAAGAUGAACACGAUAGAGGACACCUCCACUGUGACAGGGUGCUAUAAGGUGGACGAAUAGAGGGACACAUCCUGUGACAGGGCUGCUGUAAGAUGGACAGGUAGAGGGACACAUCCUGUGACAGGGCUGCUAUAAGGUGGACAGGUAGAGGGACACAUCCUGUGACAGGGCUGCUAUAAGAUGGACAGGUAGAGGGACACAUCCUGUGACAGGGCUGCUAUAAGAUGGACAGGUAGAGGGACACAUCCUGUGACAGGGCUGCUAUAAGAUGGACAGGUAGAGGGACACAUCCUGUGACAGGGCUGCUAUAAGAUGGACAGGUAGAGGGACACAUCCUGUGACAGGGCUGCUAUAAGAUGGACAGGUAGAGGGACACAUCCUGUGACAGGGCUGCUAUAAGAUGGACAGGUAGAGGGACACAUCCUGUGACAGGGCUGCUAUAAGAUGGACAGGUAGAGGGACACAUCCUGUGACAGGGCUGCUAUAAGAUGGACAGGUAGAGGGACACAUCCUGUGACAGGGCUGCUAUGAGAUGGACAGGUAGAGGGACACAUCCUAUGACAGGGCUGCUAUAAGAUGGACAGGUAGAGGGACACAUCCUGUGACAGGGCUGCUAUAAGAUGGACAGGUAGAGGGGCACAUCCUGUGACAGGGCUGCUAUAAGAUGGACAGGUAGAGGGACACAUCCUGUGACAGGGCUGCUAUAAGAUGGACAGGUAGAGGGACACAUCCUGUGACAGGGCUGCUAUAAGAUGGACAGGUAGAGGGACACAUCCUGUGACAGGGCUGCUAUAAGAUGGACAGGUAGAGGGACACCUCCUGUGACAGGGCUGCUAUAAGAUGGACAGAUAGAGGGACACCUCCUGUGACAGGGUGCUAUAAGGUGGACAGAUAGAGGGACACAUCCUGUGACAGGGUGCUAUAAGAUGGACAGAUAGAGGGACACAUCCUGUGACAGGGCUGCUAUAAGAUGGACAGAUAGAGGGACACAUCCUGUGACAGGGCUGCUAUAAGAUGGACAGGUAGAGGGACACUCCUGUGACAGGGCUGCUAUAAGAUGGACAGAUAGAGGGACACCUCCUGUGACAGGGUGCUAUAAGGUGGACAGAUAGAGGGACACAUCCUGUGACAGGGUGCUAUAAGAUGGACAGAUAGAGGGACACAUCCUGUGACAGGGCUGCUAUAAGAUGGACAGAUAGAGGGACACAUCCUGUGACAGGGCUGCUAUAAGAUGGACAGGUAGAGGGACACAUCCUGUGACAGGGCUGCUAUAAGAUGGACAGGUAGAGGGGCACAUCCUGUGACAGGGCUGCUAUAAGAUGGACAGGUAGAGGGGCACAUCCUGUGACAGGGCUGCUAUAAGAUGGACAGGUAGAGGGACACAUCCUGUGACAGGGCUGCUAUAAGAUGGACAGGUGAGAGGGGACACAUCCUGUGACAGGGCUGCUAUAAGAUGGACAGGUAGAGGGACACAUCCUGUGACAGGGCUGCUAUGAGAUGGACAGGUAGAGGGACGCAUCCUAUGACAGGGCUGCUAUAAGAUGGACAGGUAGAAGGACACAUCCUGUGACAGGGCUGCUAUGAGAUGGACAGGUAGAGGGACACAUCCUGUGACAGGGCUGCUAUAAGAUGGACAGGUAGAGGGACACAUCCUGUGACAGGGCUGCUAUAAGAUGGACAGAUAGAGGGGCACAUCCUGUGACAGGGCUGCUAUAAGAUGGACAGAUAGAGGGGCACAUCCUGUGACAGGGCUGCUAUAAGAGUGAACGGAAGUAGAGGACACAUCCUGCUUGACAAGGAGCUGCUAUGAGAUAGACGGAAGUAGAGGACACAUCCUGUAACAGGGCUGCUAUAAGGUGCAGACGGUAGAGGACUCCUGCUUGAGCAGAACUGCUAUAGAGAUAGACAGGUAGAGGACAUCCUGCUUGACGGAACUGCUAUAAGAUGGACAGGUAGAGGACACAUCCCUAUGACAGGGCGCUGCUACAUAAGGUGAACGGAAGUAGAGGACACAUCCCUGUGACAGAACUGCUAUGAGAUGGACAGGUAGAGGGACACAUCCUAUGACAGGGCUGCUAUAAGGUGACAGGUAGAGGGACACAUCCUAUGACAGGGCUGCUAUAAGGUGACAGGUAGAGGGACACAUCCUAUGACAGGGCUGCUGUAAGAUGGACAGGUAGAGGGACACAUCCUGUGACAGGGCUGCUAUAAGGUGGACAGGUAGAGGGACACAUCCUAUGACAGGGCUGCUAUAAGGUGGACAGGUAGAGGGACACAUCCUGUGACAGGGCUGCUAUGAGAUGGACAGGUAGAGGGACACAUCCUAUGACAGGGCUGCUAUAAGGUGACAGGUAGAGGGACACAUCCUAUGACAGGGCUGCUAUAAGGUGACAGGUAGAGGGACACAUCCUAUGACAGGGCUGCUGUAAGAUGGACAGGUAGAGGGACACAUCCUAUGACAGGGCUGCUAUAAGGUGACAGGUAGAGGGACACAUCCUAUGACAGGGCUGCUGUAAGAUGGACAGGUAGAGGGACACAUCCUGUGACAGGGCUGCUAUAAGGUGGACAGGUAGAGGGACACAUCAUGUGACAGGGCUGCUAUAAGGUGGACAGGUAGAGGGACACAUCCUGUGACAGGGCUGCUAUAAGGUGGACAGGUAGAGGGACACAUCCUAUGACAGGGCUGCUAUAUGGUGACAGGUAGAGGGACACAUCCUGUGACAGGGCUGCUAUAAGAUGGACAGGUAGAGGGACACAUCCUGUGACAGGGCUGCUAUAAGAUGGACAGGUAGAGGGACACAUCCUAUGACAGGGCUGCUAUAAGGUGACAGGUAGAGGGACACAUCCUGUGACAGGGCUGCUAUAAGGUGACAGGUAGAGGGACACAUCCUAUGACAGGGCUGCUGUAAGAUGGACAGGUAGAGGGACACAUCCUACAGUUUCCAGAUUUAAUGAAGAGGAAGCAUUCAGAGUAUAUGGGAAUUCUAUUGAUGGAUCUGAAUUAAAAUAUUUCGUCAGGUUGUUUUACCUUGUCAGUAAUACUGUAGUAGUUUGGAAGUUACAUAUUAUUCUCUUUGUAUCAGUGGAUGACAGGUAAAGAAGAGUGAUGACACUAGGUGGGGUAACAGGACUGUACUAAGGCAGCGCUCUCCAGUGAAACGCAGUGAGAAUGGGGGCGCUCACAAGCCGGCAGCAUGCAGGUGUUGAAGAAAUGGACAUGCCAUCUAGUUCCAUCUACAGAUACCCACCCAAGUCUGGUGAGUGCCCAAGGAAAGGGAUAUGUGAUAUAUUGUAUAUUGGUGCACUGUUUACCAUAAACCAAAAAUGACUUUGCCCUGUCUAUCUGCUUUUUCACUAUGGCCGUUAUUGUUUUUGUAUUCUUAAUUAGCUUGCUUUGACUUCCUUCCUAGUGCUAAAAUUUCACCUGGAAAUAUAUAGGGAAUUCACUGUAUCAUUGAAUAGACCUUUAUCCAGAAGGGAGGGGGUUGGUAAAUAUAAGGGGUGCUUACAGCAAAGUGGCAGUUCAUAGCAUAACUAAACCAGGAAUUAGGAAUAACUAACAGGAAAUUGCAAAAUAUUUGUUUCUUUCACUACAAUUUACAAUUCCCUUGAUUCCUGUUUCAGUGCAUCAAUCAUAAGUAAGUAUUUUUACUAAAAUGUGAUUUAUUCAAAAGUCAAAGGGAAUAUUAACAUUUUGGCCAAAUAGCUAAAAUGAUUAUACUUUUUUCCUAAGAUUUGAACACUUUGAAUUCUUCACAAUUCCCACCGUGAUUUCCCCAUGACCUAUAAUUUCAUAGAUUUCUCUAUUUCACAUUCAAUAAACGUUAGGAUAUUUUGUCCAAUACUGAAACAGUUAAACAGUCACUGUUUAUGAAUAAAACCUGUUGCAGUGUCUCUUCAUAUCAGUGGGUGACAUGUAGGUCUAUACAUUGGUGGGUAUGGAUGAAGAUUAAUUUUAGAGUUAACCUGUUACAAUGGAGCAAUCACCAUGGAAACCAAUGAAAAAUGCUGGUGUUUAGCCUGGCUCCUUAUGUGAAGGCUUCAUUGUUCCUAUACUAUUAAUGGAUGCAGACCAUACUGCUAUCAGAUACAUGACUGCUUUGAGAUUUUAUGUUGCCGUCUGUUUAUCUUGCAAAUUGAUACUAUGGCCAUGCAUCAGGCGUUUUUAGGGAUUACUUCCUAAUGUGUAGCCUAUUGGGGAUCUACAUUUUGCCACCCUGACUUAAUCCCAAGUAUGUGGUAAAUGUGUUCAUAUAUUUAAGUUACUUAUCUACUUUAUGUGAAGUGUAGCUUUUUUUCAAUGUAUAUGAUCCCUGUGCAUAUAUAUGAUGUGUCUUUAUGCAUGCUGGGGUUUAUCUACUAAACAAUACAUUGUAGAAAAGAGAAUUUGACAUUUUAGAUCAGGGGUAGACAACCUUCGACACUCCAGAUGUUGUGAACUACAUCUCCCAUAAUGCUGGCAAAGCAUCAUAAGAUAUAUAGUCCACAACAUUUGUUGAGUGCCGCAGGUUGCCUACCUUUGUUUUAGACCAAAGUAGUCAAAGUGGAAGAAUUCACCAAUUUGUAUUAUUUUAUAGCCAGCAUUGAUCUAGAUUUGCAGUUCCCUUUUUUCAUGGUUCAUUGUUGCCGGCAUAGGCAACCUUCGGCACUGUUUUGGACCACACCUGCCAUGAUGCUUUGCCAGCAUUAUGGAUGUAAGAGCAUUAUGGAGAUGUAGUCUAAAACAUCUGGAGUGCCGAAGGUUGCCUUUCCCUGUUUUUUUAAAUUAAACGCAGUAGUGCAGGGGUAGGCAACCUAUGGCACAUGUGAAAUGCACGUCACUCAAGGCUGCUAGAGUGAAACAUGCUCUGACCUAUUAGGAGUCCCAGUGAAACUUCAGAUAUCUGGACAAUCCUCAAUUUAUGCAUUGCAGCACAUAGAGGAAGUGAUCUCGGGACAUCACAAUCCUAUUUCAGCACAGUGCUGCUAAAAGGUUGCCUACCCCUACACUAGUGUGUUCCUGUUGUAUUUGAUGCUGUUUUCAAGUAGAGAAUCAGUCAUGCAGCACUCCCCCUGCUGUGAACUGUUUCCCAUGAUCCCUCCCAAAAAUAAUUCUGUUCCACAGCAGCAUGUUGUGAGAUUGCUUAUAUCUAUGUGAUAUCUGUAUCAUAAUACAUGGUUGCAACAUGUGUGCUUAUUUAGUCAAUUGUUCAGGUUAGUCAUUGCAGACAGCUGGCACCUGACUUGUUAAAUUUUAGGUCAAAAUAGUGCAGUUGUAGUAAGUUACUAACCAAGUUGAAUUGAGAAUUGUUGCCAAAUUAGCCUUCAUGCCAAGCUAAUUGUCAUUUCACUCCAGUUGUCCUCUUUUGCUUUAAAAGAAGUGGAAUCCAGAAAAUUGUGAAUUUGUUCAUUGUCACGGUGUACCUUUUGGGUGCAGGUGACUCAUCUCUCAUGGCUAGUCAUGUUUGUUUAUUUGUGUAGCUGUGCUGCAAAUCUAAACUCCGUGUCCUUGCUGUCUAUAGCAUAACUGCACUGGAUGUGUGCACAAUACACGUUUCCCAAAUACACUCUAGUUCAGGGGUCCUCAAACUCCGGCCCCCCAGAUGUUGCUGAACUACAGCUCCCAUGAUUCUUUGAAUUACAUAGGUAGCCAGAGAAUCAUGGGAGUUGUAGUUCAGCAACAUCUGGGGGGCCGGAGUUUGAGGACCCCUGCUCUAGUUGUUGUUCGUUUAUUGUCGAUAUAGAUGCCAGUUGCAGCUUUGCGGUAACAUAGCCUGUAAGUGCACAUGAAAGUGGCUUUAUUACAUGCGAUGCAACAUGUUGUAAAAGCUCAGAUCCUGUUUGAUCACACGUAGGCUUGUAACUCCUUUGAUUGGAAACAGGGAUGAUCAGACUUGUCCUACCAGCUGUUGCUAAAGUAGUUUUCCUGCAACUCUCUGCUUCAAUAGCUGGCAGAGCAUUAUGGGAAUUGUAGUUUAUUAAUAGAUGCCAGACUUAACACUGAAUAUUUCUUACAAAGGAAGCCUGCAGCUCAGAACAUUGCUAGCCUUACUACAGCUGAACGUGUUAAUGUCAGACUAAGAGAAGAUAAUAUGGAAAGCCAAGUGCUAUUCUUUAAUCAGAUGUCCUACUGUGCCCCUUGUCCUCUACUGUAAAAAACCUGUUUUAUUUACAGCCUUGUUUCUAGUGCAUAUUUGUUUUCUACAUACUGUAAUUGAUUCAUGGCAGUCUGCUUUAAGAUUACCUGCAGCAUUUUAUCAUCCCUUUAAUAGCUUUUUAGGUCACAGCAUCAGCUUUGAUUUAAUCCCAUAUGCUAUUUUAUUCACUAUUGCUCUUACCUUUGUGAACUCAAAGAACUUGAGCCUUGUAUGGUUUGUGCCCCCCCCCUCCCCCACCCCCUUUAAAUCAAAAUUACAAUACACUGCCCUGCACACUGAGGAAAUAUAAACAUAUACUGUGCCAUCCAUUGCUUUAUGUUUGUACUUUAAAAAUCAAAUAAUGUGAUGUGCAUGUGUGUGUGCAUAUAACAAAUCUUCAAUCUACAGUAUUGCAAUGCAUAUACUCUUGUAUUUUGUGUAUUCUUAACUAACAUGUACUGGUUAGAUACUUUGCAAGAGUAGACCGAGACAUCCUAUACAAUACCACGUGUCUUCAUUUUCUAUGACUGCAUUAGCUCACUGCAUUAGCCCUGCAGAGCCUCACAUAGGGGCACGAGGUGGCUGCUGCACUGUUGUCAUUUAAUCAGUGUUCUGUGCAAGGACUGACAUUUCAGAUGAUCACAAAUGAGCUCAGAAAAUGCUGGGUAUAUGUCUAACGCAGCUACCAUCAAAAACGUUCUCAAAGGGUAGUUGUGAUCCAUUUCCGUUCAAACAAUGAGCUAAAAAUAUGGAUGGAGUUGAAAACAGAUCUAACCUCCCUGGCUCCUGAGAUUAUCGGGACCGGCUCAGGCAGUGCAGGAUUCAUAUAUAAUUUAGUUUAACCUCCUUGCUGCAGAUUAUCAGGACAGCCUGGCAUUGUAUUGUGAAUACCUCUUUGGACUUCAGAUUAUAAGGACAAGCUCAGCCAGUUCUGAAUUUCAGCUUAAUGUAAUAUGAUCUAUUGGGUAUUCACGAGUCAAGCUUUGACUUUGCAAGAUUGUUUUAUUUAUAUAUUUUUAUCUGGUCAGACUUUAAUUUGCUGGGUAACGUUAACUACGGUAUUGAUUACAUGUCAACAAUAUACAAUGUAUAUAGCAGUACUGUGCUCACUAUUUCCUGUCCUUUCUGCUCUGUCUAAGCACUCCCUGGUACGGACAACCAACCUCUUCUGCUUAACAAUACAGUGUUUCCAGAAAUCAGCCGGCAUGAAUAAUGCAUACCUCUUAGAAAGGAAGUCCUUGUGUUGUAUGAGUGUUGGUGCCUUGUGUUGAGAAUUGACCCCUAUCUGGUCACACUACACUUGAUGUUGUGGUAGGGUUGACUUUUGAUGCACUGCAGAUGGACUAAUCAGGGAUAGGCAACCUUCGGCACUCCAAAUGUUGUGGACUACAUCCCCCAUAAUGCUCUUAUACCCAUAGUGCUGGCAAAGCAUCAUGGGAGAUGUAGUCCAAAACAUCUGGAGUGCCGAAGGUUGCCUAUGCCUGGCACUAGCAGCUAAGAUAACGGUUAUUUGGCCACAGCGUAUUUUAAUGGCUUUCAUAGCCCAAAAUGCUGAAACACAAGAUCUUCCAGAGUCACUGAGAAGAGCAAAAUCAGUUGUGACACAGAUUUCGAGUAGAAAGCUGAUCAUUAUUAGAGGUGACAGACUAUUCUACUUCUGAGAUGGUGGCACUUGGUAUAGUGAAGUUAGAAUCGACUGGGCAGCUUUCUACAGUAUGAGCUGAUCAGCCAACUGCUGAAAUGUGAGAUUGAUUGCUUGCUUUAAUUUAUAUAUAUAUAUAUAUAUAUUAUUUUUUUGUCAAAAUAGCUGAUUUGCAUUUUCUCGAUUUUACUGUUUUGGCUUAAAAUUUGCAAUUCAAUUUUAAUUCCAGGCAGUUUACAUCUACUAUGGUAAAUAUAGCUGACACUUUUUAAUUUUGAUUACUGUUAAAUUUUUCUGUGCUAGAUUAUCACCGUUACCAGAUCUUAUGCUAAAUUUGUGGAUUUAAAUUUUAACCUUUCCAAUUCUGAAAAAGUCUGAAAUCUGUAGUGGAUUGAAAAUUAUCACGAUCUCCUGAUUAAAGGACCACUUCAGUUUAAUGAAGUGGUCUGGGUGCCAGGUCCAUCUAGGAUUAACCCCUUUUUUUUUUAAUAAACAUUGCAGUUUCAGAGAAACUGCUAUGUUUAUAAUAUGGUUAAUCCAGCCUCUAGUGGCUGUCUCAUUGACAGCCGCUAGAGGUGCUUGAGUGCUUCUCACUGUGAAAAUCACAGUUAGAAGACGCCAGUGUCCAUAGGAAAGCAUUGUUUUCCUGGCACUAUAGUGGUCCUUUAAAAGUUAAAUGACAAAAGUUUAUGCAAUAAGCUGAAGAUCAAACUUUUUAAAUGCACACUGGAGACUCUUUACAUUGCUUUUUUUAACCUGCAGCUUCUGUGCUGUAGUUGAGUAGUUUAUUUAUAGCCCUAUUGCUAGAUUUUACAUUUCAGUUCCUUGACAUGCUACAUUGUUUGUUGUAUUUUGUUGUUUUUUGUUUUUUAAUUGUUGAUAAAAUAUCAAUAUGUGGCAAAGCUGUAAAAAUGGAGCAAUCACAAUGUUAGCCAAUGGAAUACAAUUUUGCCCCAGAAUUGCCCAUUCUACAUAACACAUGGCAGCUUGGUUGUAGGAUGUGCUGGGAGAAUGCACAUUCUUCUGCAGGUAUAGCGCCCAUAGCUUCCCUUUUUGGUUUGGUUUGAUUUGCUUUUUAAGACACCACGGGCAAGUUAUUGUGCUGUGCGUUUUUAUUUGAUAGAUAUUUUUAUAUUUUAUGCUCAAAUGACCACUAUAGUGCCAGGAAAACAAACUUGUUUUCCUGGCUCUCUAUAGGGUCUUUGGGUCCCCCCCUCCUGCCGGGCUCUAGGGGGCGGAAGGGGUUAAAGUCUUACCUUUCUCCAGUGGCAGCCUCCCUCGGCGCUGGGGACUCUCCUCCCUCUUCCGACAUCAUCCGCUAAAUGCGCAUGCGCGGCAAGAGCCGCACGCGCAUUUAGUCAGUCCAUAGGAAAGCAUUUCUCAAUGCUUUCCUAUGGACGCAGGCGUCUUCUCACUGUGAAAAUCACAGUGAGAAGCGCGGAAGCACCUCUAGCGGCUGUCAAUGAGACAGCCACUAGGGGCUGGAUUAACCCUAGUGUAAACAUAGCAGUUUCUCUGCAGGGUUAACCCUAGAUGGUCCUGGCACCCAGACCACUUCAUUGAGCUGAAGUGGUCUGGGUGCCUAUAGUGGUCCUUUUAAAGGGACACUAUAGUCACCAAAACAACUUUAGCUUAAGGAAGCAGUUUUAGUGUAUAGAUCAUGAUCCUGCAGUCUCACUGCUCACAUCUCUGCAAUUUAGGAGUUAAAUCCCUUUAGUUUCUGUCCAUGCAGCCCUAGUCACACUUCCCCUGUCUGUGACUCACACACCAUGCAUGGAAAAAAAAAUGGUUUCACUUUCAAUUAGAUGUAACUUACUUUAAAAGUUAUUAUUGCCUGCUCUCUAAAGUGAACUUUAAUCAUACACAGAAUGCCUCUGUGGGGUCUAGCAAGCUAUUAAAAUUGCAGAGAAUAAUACAUUUUAAAUUAAAUAGAAUUUGCAAUGAAGGAAGUCAAAACAUUAGCUGACUCUUUGCAGGAAGUGUUUAGGAAGGCUGUGCAAGUCACGUGCAGGGAGGUGUGACUAGGGUGCAUAAAUAAAGGGAUUUAACUCCUAAGUGGCAGAGAAUUGAGCCGUGACGCUGCAGGGAAAUGAUCUAUACAUCAAAACUGCUUCAAUAAGCCAAAGUUGUUUUGGUAAUUAUAGUGUCCCUUUAAUUAUAAAAACUUGAAAAGUUGGAAACAGUAUUCAACUAACUUUGGAAAAGGGCCAAAAAAUGAAUAAAUUUGGACCAUAAAUAAGCAGGCCUACAGAGGGGUGUCAAACGGAGAAACUAAAAUAUUGGACAAUGAUAGACUGACUACAGAGUAAAUAGAGAUUGAGAUCUGGUAACAUCUUGGGGCAUCAGAUUUACACCUUUACUACAAAACAAAACAAACAAAAACUAACAGGAUAUUAGAACAUAUAUUGACCAUUACCAAUUUGGAGUUUCUGUACGAAAAUGUUUUGAAAUGGGAAGAAAAGAUAUUGCAGAUUUUAUUAUUGAUAUUGGUAUUUAUAUAGCGCCAACUAAUUCCGCAGCGCUUUACAAUAUUGUGAAGGGGGAGGACAUUUAGAAAGCAAAAUAACAAAGAUUGAUUAUGCAAUUCUACUAUAUUCCCUCCAUGACAUUUUUAGCGUAUUCCAUGGUUUCGUUAUUAAUCCCCUGUAAAAAAUGCAAUCUAUUGUAAAAGCAAAAAUCCCUUUUUUAGUCUCUUAUCUCUUACGGAUAAUAAUCUCUUCUCACUUUAGGCAGUUACUUUGCCAGCCAUUUUAUCAUGGGUGGAGAAAAGUUUGAGUCCAGCCACCCUGAAGGAUACCUGUUUGGAGAAAACAGUGAUCUGAACUUUCUGGGGAGCCGCCCUGUAACGGUAUGUACUGACAUAUUUGCUUUUAUUGCUGUGAACCUUGACCUGCAUUGUAAACUUACUUUCCUGGUAAGCUAUUUUCACUGACGUAGAAUGUAAACAGACUGCUUCCUUGCUGAUACAUGCACAUCACUGUGCGUGUACUAGUUUAGUCCAAAUAUUCAUUAUCCACUAUUUCAGUAUCUAUAUGUGUAUGCUAUUUUGUCUACAUUCCAUUAAUUCUCCAUUUCCAUCUACGUCCACUAAUUUGCUAGCCUUGCACACAGUAUUCCUUGUGCUGUGCUAGUGUUUGUUUGUUUGGAGCACGCCUGGAUAGAGCACCCUCCCCUACUAUGAGCAACAGCAGAUCAGAGUGUUCACACGUGCAUGGCUAAUCCUAUGAGCAGGCGUACACAAACUAUUAACUCUUCAGCUAUAGGUGUCACUGCAUGCAGGCAGAGUACAUCAAUCACUCCGUACUGCAGCUGUACACAUGGUCAUUAUCACAGCUUUACUCAGUAGCUCACUCUAAGCCUUCAGUGCUAUUGAGUCUAAGCUGAUACAAACAACACAAGUGUUGGCUGCACAGCAUGUUGACAGUUCUUAUCUUUAAAGGGAAACCAUUGCUUGUCUAGGAAUUUACACUGAUAAUGUAAAACAUAAGAACGUGUGUUUUUUAACCUUUUUUCAUGUGAUGUUCCAAUUUGUAUAUUUAAGAUUUAGCAAAUUACAUUAGAAUCCAGUUUAGGCACAGCCAAGGCACACAUUGUGAUACAGAAAGAGAAAUAGAAGCAAUAGAGAUUUUGAAUAAAAAGGGUUGUAUUCUAAACUACUAAACGUGAGGCAGUCACCACGGAAAUGAUCAGACAGAUUGGAUUGGAGACCAAUGCCGCUUUUUCCACUUGUCAUUACAGAUUAAAUUUUAAUUUUAAUUUUUUUUUUAACAUCCAAAACUUCCAAUGUUUAAAGGAUUACACCAAACACCAUGACCACUUCAGUGAUUUGAAGUGGUCAUUGUGCCUGAAUCUGUAUAUGCAGUGUAAACUUAAAGCGCAAAUGGCAGGAGGCAUGGGAGAAUAAUAAAUAAUAUCCCAAUUGGAGUGGGCAACUCAUAGGGGGCUAAGGAGAUGCCGAAGAGUAAUAUCAGUCAAAAGAGUAAAUCAGUCAACCCUUAAGGGAAAAUGUAUGUUGCAAGCCCACAUUGAGUGCUAGUCAUUUGAUCCUACAUGGUUAUAAGUAAAGGAGUAACCCUCUCCUAGGCACAGAUAUCGGUAUAUUAUUUUUGGUAUCCGCACGCAUUUUUUGCAUAUAUGAAUAGAUGGUCCCCAUCACGCGAGUCCAAUCGUUUUGUUGAGCUAUUUAGUACAGCCUGAUCCUUUAGGGAUAGCACUGUCCGUUUUGUACAGCGAUUUAUUUACGUUGUCACUAUAGGUCAAAGUCGCUGUUUAGUAGAUUGUCCACUUUUUAUUUGACUUCUACUAUUAAGACGUUAGGACUUAAUUUGUUUUCAAAUCACGUAUGUAAAUAUUUUUUUUGUUGUGUUUUUUUUUUUAGUAGUAUUGUACUUUUAUAUGUAUUCGUUAAAAGGUUAAGUUUUAGACUUACACUAGCACUCAAUGUGGGCUUGCACCAUAUAUUUUCCCUUAAGGGUUGACUGAUAUUACUCUUCAGCAUCUCCUUAGCCUCCUUUGAGGUGCCCACUCCAAUUGGGAUAUUAUUUAUUAUUCUCCCAUGUCUCCUGCCAUUUACGCUUUAAGUUUACAAUUCAUAGUGAAUUCUUUCACUAGGGGUUAACCCCCGUACAGGCGAUAAAUAAUUAAAAUCUAAAUACAUUGUUCUCUUUUUGUCACCUGUAAAUGCAGUGAUUCACUAUGAAACGUUGCACAUAUAGUGAUAACCCUUCUGCUGCUGGAGGUGCAGCCAGUGGUGGUGGAACAGCCCUCGUUCCAAGUUGCCCCCCCAUCAACAGAGAGGGAUGUCAGCCAUGGAGGCUCAGGCUAAAGAGGGGAACUUGCCUAUGUGAUAGAAAAGCUUUCUCUCUCGCUCUCUUAAAAGAAGAUUGCUUCUUUUGAGCAACUGCAUUGUAAACAUUGUUAGUCUGGAUGCAUCUAGGCACUGCAAACAUACUUUUAGAUGUCUUUGAUUACAGCAUAGGAUUGUACUAACCCCUGGAUCAGGACUCAACAAUAGGCCCCUUGUCAUUUCAGGACUCAACAAUAGGCCCCUUGUCAUUGCCGUACCUAUUUGUGCAAAAACUUUUUACACAAUACAAAACCUAUUAAAAUCGUUAUUUCCUCAUUCCUGAUGUUGCAACACUCAAACCUGUAACUAGAAAAAGCAAACUCAUGCCUCAAGUGUUUAAAUAGAUUUUUUUUGCAUAAUAUUUGAAAAAAAUAAAUAAAUAAUAAAACUGAACAAUUUGCGUAAAAGAUGGCUGCCAAAAUGGACAUGUAUAUAAAGUAGAUCAGUAUAGCUUUUUUUUGUAAACCAUUUUAAAUCUGCUACACAUUACGUGUUAUGUGUGUGCCUUGCUACGUGAUCCUAUAAUGCAAGUAUACUCCCAAACAAAGUGCAUUGUGGGACUGUAAAAGUGUGUCUGCAUAUACAUGGUCAGUAUUGUUCCAGAAAUUGAAUAGCAGUAGUGUGUACCCCAAUAUGGUUAGAGAACUUGUAGCACAUGGCUUAAACAUGUUUUUUUUUUUUUUUUUUAAUAUUAUGCUUUCUUAUCCACUAUAUGCAAUAAAUAAAUAAUACUGCUCCCACAGCUCUAUAUUUAUCUGUAUCAUGACAAUGAAUGGCUCCAUUUUGGCUCCCAUUGCUAGAAGCCUUACCCUUUGCACUUGUCAGUCAUGAUUGAGAAAUAUUCUAUGUAUCCUCCUUCAAGCAAUGGGUGCUCUGACUGUUAUGACAAUGGUAAAUCUAUAAUUAUGGCUCACUCUAAGGACUAGAACCACACAAGAUUAAUCUAGUGGUUCUGGUGCAAAAAUAACUGCAGUAUCUGAAAACGCUUGUAAACUCUACUAUUUUGGAGAAAAGACAGUGUUUACAUUUGUCACUAAGGAAAGUUCUUUUGACUGUCUCUUAGACCGUCACUAAAGGUGCUUUCUAAUUCAGUCUCUCAAUCUUGCAAACUUUGCGAGACUAAAAUUCAGCGUCUUCGCAAUUCUGAGCGCUCCCUAGAGAGUUGCAUUGAGCUAAUGGAUCUCCAUGAGUAGAUGUUGAUUAACACCGUGUGGAAAUUGCCACAAAUGCACAUUAGCCACCCAGUCCCAGAAACAAAAGGUUAGCACGUUUUACAUGUGCUUUUCGCUGUUUUAUUCAGUGGUGUAUUUUCUAGAGAAUAGGCCAGGAUUCUAGUACAGUACAUCUGCAUUGCACAAAAGGACUAUAGCUGCCACCCAUUCCCUCUUACCACAGUCCACACUUCCCAAAAUUUGCUCGGCUCACUGGGACCAUCGUGAAGUUGGGAUCCUAUUCCAUCAUCCAGAGUUGAUUUCCUGGUGUCUUGCAUCCAGCUUGCUGAAGUUCUUUAUAUGUCAGGAUCUUAUCAUUUUAUUGUAGUUUAUAGAAGUUCUGAUUUAUGUUUGAAAUGGGCACUUCUACAGAAAUGUCUUUGAUUGACAGCUGGGGAGGUUGUCUUCUGCUUCCGUUCGUUCUACACAGCUAAUGAAAGAGGCAGGUGACAAUGGCCAUAUGAGCGCUUGCACGUGCAUCCAUAAACCCUUAGCUCUGCAUCCUUCCUGUCUAGGAAUGACUACAGCUCAAUGAGAAGUCUAUGGAUUGGAAAAGAUGUGCCCACAGCUCAAAAUCAGAGACUUUUCAGUGAGAAUUCUCUGAUUGGUGAGGGCUUGCAAAGGCUGCACACAAGAUAUCUGCAGCUUUUGCAUGCUGUUUUUAGAUCUAACCCAAAGAAGUAAAACAAAUGCAGAACUAAAUACAUGCAUGGUUUCAUUUGUGGCAUAUCUACUAAAUAGUGAUGUUUUAUUUUUGGCAAAUCAGUGUUCCUUUAACUCCCAGGAUGUAAAAAAAAUUAGCUUGCCAUAUAGGAGUCCAUGCUAACUAUAAAUCCUUUUUAUUUAAUGUUUAAUACAUCUGUUGGUAAGGCUUAAAAAAACAAUACAAGAUAACAUUACUAAUUUUAAAACACUUUGUGACAGUAUAAAGCAGUAACUCUUUAAGCAUUCCCUAGAUAGAAGAUGUUUUGAAAGUGUAAUCCAUAGAAACAUAAAAAGGUUACAUUCCCCCAGGCUCGGCACAUAACCAGGAGACUAUAUAUAGCUUCAGCCACUGGGAAAAUGCUAAUCUUGCCAUCACAAAUGGCCGAAGCCUUAAGGCGAUCACAUAGCUGGUGAGGAAAGGCUUCAGCUGUACUCGUUCAAUCCGAAGCUUUUUGUUUUAAGUUACUUUAAUCUAAUUAGGUUAUUUAUGGGAGAUUGUUUGUUUGUUUUUACCGCCACCUGUCUCAAAGUUCACACCGUGUUUACAAAAUUCAAGCUUCAUGACGGUUGUUGUGUCAGUGUGCCGCACCUAUUUGUGAAAAAAAAAUAUUUACACGAUACAAAACCUAUUAAAAGCGUUAUUUCCUCAUUCCUGAUGGUGCAACACUCAAACCUGUAACUAGAAAAAGCAAACUCACGCCUCAAGUGUUUAAAUAGAUUAAUUUUUUUUGCAUAAAUAAUAGAAAAAAUAAAUAAUAAAACGGAACAAUUUGCGUAAAAGAUUUCUGCCAAAAUGGACAUGUAUAUAAAGUAGAUCAGUAUAGCUUUUUUUGUAAACCAUUUUAAAUCUGCUACACGUUACGUGUUAUGUGUGUGCGUUGCUACGUGAUCCUAUAAUGCAAGUAUACUCCCAAACAAAGUGCAUUGUGGGACUGUAAAAGUGUGUCUGCAUAUACAUGGUCAGUAUUGUUCCAGAAAUUGAAUAGCAGUAGUGUGUACCCCAAUAUGGUUAGAGAACUAAAGUGAAAGGUAAAAUCUUUACAUCCUAUAAAUGGAUGAUAUAUGCAUAUGGCUAGCUCACAGAAUAGGCCAAUUAGAUAGAGUUUUAACACGUAAAGCUGUGAUUUCUGCUUGACAGGUGUUCUUUAACUUGGUUAAAAACAUCUGUCUGGCUAUUAAAUUCUUCAAACCCUUCUAGAUCAGUGACUUGAAAACACUGCAUGCCUGACUAUCCGUCUGUUAUUGCUAGUCGUAUUGUCAGCCAUGGCUUGCAGAAGGUCUAAAGAGAAACUUACCACCAGCAGGUUUGAGAUGUAUUGUCCCUUUAGUUGAACAUGACAGAUGGGCCAACACUGAACGGACGCAAGUCAACGCAACGCAGGGGUUCACGAUCCGGUUUUCUAGACAACCAAGUUCUAAAUAUUGAAUUCACUUCUUUGUGGGCUGAACUCUGACCAAGAAUUGUCAAGAGACACUUUGCAUUUACCAGAGACAACUAGUAAUAGCUAGCUAAGGAAGAAGAUCAGGAGCCAACAAUUUAAUCAUAAUUAUGAACUGUUCUUUAUAGUUUAAACUUCUCUCCCUGUCUUUUGUGCAAAUGAGGAGAGUGUGUGUGUGUGUGUGUGUGUGUGUAUUAUAUAUAAAGAAAAAUGAAGUAAUCUGGCACUUUUCCUUGAAACUGCAAAAAACAAUAAUAAUUCCCACAGUGCUACACAGCGUUGUAUGUAUCAAAAUAAAGGAUGAGAGCACUCGUUCGAUUUUCAAGAAGGUGUAUUAGGAUUUAGCAAAUCUUGAUAAAGACCUUCGAAACGUCCAUUGUCACAAUUUGCUAAAUCUUAAUAUACCGUUUUGAAAAUCCAACGAGUGCUCUCAUCCUUUAUUUUGAUAUAUAUAAGUAUAUAUACAUACUUUCUGAAUUGUAUGAUUUUGCCGAUUGUGGUAUAUCUGUAUGUGUAGAAUAUCUGACAUUCUUAGUGUUGUGCAAUAAUGACAUUAUACAAGCUACCGUGUAUGUAUUGCAGCUAGUCCCCCUGUUCUUUGCGGAUAAAAUAAGUUUUGUUAUAUAUAUCAUUUUGCAGUUUCCAUAUGCUGCCCCCUCCCCACAAGAACCUGUGAAAACCUUGCGCAGCUUGAUUAACAUCCGUAAGGACACUCUGCGUCUCGUAAGGUAAGACACAGAUUACUUGUAACAAUCUUUUUCCUGUACAGUUGGAUCUAGGAAAACCCGCUUCAGAAUGCCAGACUGCCCAUACUGAUUAGUCUCCCUAUAAACUGUGCACAGAUAAAGUUACUGCAUGUUGGUUGAACUGCCCACAAUUCAUCACAAGUAAAAUACUAGUGCACCCACUGCUGCUCAUAUUGUAAUUUGCCCCACUCCUCCCAACCUGUUUGACAGAGCCACUAUGUUUGGUGAGUUGGAGGAAUGUUGGCAACUUAUCCAACAUCCAUACAGAUGUUCAAACGGCUACUAGAUGCAUACUUGCAAAAACAGAAUAUUCAAGGUUAUAAUCUUUCAAUGUAGGGUAAUAACUGCUGGAUCCAAGGAUAAAUCUGACAGCCAUUCUGGGGUCAAGAAGGAUUUUUUUUCCUAGCUUGUUGCAAAAUUGAAGUGCUUCAAACUGUUUUUUUUUGCCUUCUUUUGGAUCAACAGCAAAAAAACAAAUGUGAGGUAGGCUGAACUUGAUGGACGCAAGUCUCUUUUCAGCUAUGUAACUAUGUAACUGUGAAUCAAAGAGUCUGUAGCAUGUCAUGGUUAAAUAAUUUACAUUUGUUGUUCCUUAUAUAGUUGUGAAACCCAUGGGCUGUUAUAAGUCACCAUUUGUAUUAAAAAUAAGAGGCCACUCUUUUCCCUCUUGACAUUCAUGUUUAAGUAUACUGGAUUUUAAAAAUAUUUUGGAAUUCAGGUUAAUCAGAUAAGUAGUUCUAGGGUAUCCUGGCAAAGCAAGCGCUACGGCCUUUCAAUUAUAUGAAGGGUAUAUAGCAAAUAUAUAGUAAAAUAACAUUUUAUAGUGAGAUCUAGGGGAGAGAAGUUCUUACAUUCUUGAAUAAUGAACAUUUGAAAUAUGUAGCAACAGUUGGAGAAGAAAAUACUAAAUGGGCCUGCUGGUAACUUAUAUUAUUAUUAUUAUUACCAUCAUUUAUAUAGCUCCAACAUAUUCCGUCACACCUUACAAUAUUAUAAAUGGGGAACAUUUUUAACAAUAAAUGAAUCCAUUAAAAAAAUGUUACAGGAACAACAGGUUGAUGAGGACCCUGCUCGAAAGUGCUUACAAUCUAGUUGCAUAACUAUUGUGAAUUACGGAAGGAAUGCUAGAGUGCCAAGUUUGAUCUUCACUGGUAUACAAUGUUGAGGUCAAAAGUAUCUGGAGUACCAACCCUUAAAUUCCACCAAAACUUUAAUUUAUAUCUCUCUAAAAGGAUUUCUGGUGGAUGGUUAACGUGGGCCAGGGUUAAUCUCCAAUGACACUAAUUUUCCCUUAAUCUUCUUUUUCAGCUCGUUUUAGCAUCUCAAUUGUCCUCUACUUUUCUAGUGAAAAAUAUAAAUUUCGAGCAAUGUAACCAAACAACCUGUCAUUUUUACUGUAAACUCCUUUAGGUGCAGAACGGCAAAGUUUACUGUACAAACCACAAACCUUCCUUGUGACAAUACGAACGCUUUCUGUUCCACAUUCUUUUUCGUUCCAGGUGCACCGAAGAAGUGAAAACUAGCGGUGUGGAGGGAACCCAACCCAAAGUUCAAUACAAUGUAGAGUUCACUUUUGACACAGACGCGCGGAUUGCAAUAACCAUUUAUUACCAGGCAUCAGAGGAGUUCCAGGGAGGCAUUGCCAGGUGAACUACCAGAACAUUAAUUUUUUUGGAUGAUCAGGUGGUUCCAUUGCUAAGUAUGGGAACAUAUGUCACUAUAAAUGAGUUGGGGAAGUCUGGUCUAGCAACCCUUAUUUUCUGUUUUUACCUGGCUCUAAUGGGAUAAACAGCGGCAUGUUUCAUUAGCAGUUUAUUAGUAGAGAACUGCUCUGUUAUUGGUUAGCUGUUUCUAUUAAUGGGCAUGUGAUUCUGUUAUUCUUAAAGGUUUUUGUUUUGUAGUUGACUACAUGAUUUUCAUAAUCCUUUUUUUACCCCCCUAUUAAACGGACAUCAAAACCGCUUUAUCUUAAUGAAGCAGUUGUGGUGUAUAGAACAUGCCCAUGCAGUCUCACUGCUCAAUUCUAUGCCAUUUACUAGUUAAAUCACUUUUGUGAAACAGUCCUAGUCACACCUCCCUGCAUGUGACUUGCACAGCCUUCCUAAACACUUCCUGUAAAGAGUCAUCUAAUGUUUACACUUCCUUCUGUAAUAUUUAGAAUUUCUUAUCUCCUGCUCUGCUAAUAUCUUGCUAGAUCCUGCAGGGGCCUCCUGUGUGUGAUUAAUGUAAAAUUUACAAAACAGGGAGAUGUAAAGUUACAUCUAAAUUGAAAAUGAAGCCAUUUUUUUUUCAUUCAGGCUGUGUCAGUUACAGCCAGGGGAGGCAUGGCAAGGGCUGCAAAAAUAGCAACAAAAUUGAUUUAACUGCUAAAUAGCAAAUAAUAGAUCAGUGAGACUGCAGGGGCAUGAUCUAACCACCAAAACUACUUCAUUAGGCUAAAGUUGUUCUGGUGACUAUAGUGUCCCUUUAAUUGUGAAAAUGUUAGGGGUUGUUGUUGUUUUAUUUCCUUUACACACAAAACUAAAAGGGUUAUCAACUAAAGUGAGAAUUGUCAGGAAUUCAAAGAGAAUUAGAAAUACAAGGCCAAAGUAGCUGAACUGGAAGUGUAGUUGACUUAGGAGAUUUUUUUUGUUUUUCAGUUCGGCUACUUUGACAUUAAAUUUGUAGUGAAAAAUACUUUAGAACCAGAAUCACCAUUUUUAAGAGUUUAUUAAGGAAUUAUUCUUUCCGCUGAUGUGUGAGCAUCUGUCAGGUACAGUCAAUAUGUUUUUGUAUUUAUUGUCCCCUGCAGCUACAUCCCCAAAUCCAGCAGCUUGCAGUCGGACACUGUGCAUUUUAAGCGAGGGGUGAGCCAGCAGUUCUGCCUUCCUUCUCACAUGGUGGAUCCCUCUGAAUGGAGGGAAGAGGAGGUAAAGCCAAACAUUAUAUUUACGCAGUUUGUGUGAGAUUUUUAUCCUUGCGAGCACGUGUAUGGUACAUGCCUAACAUAGCAAUUCAAAUAUUAGAGAGAAAUGGGCACUCGUAGGACUUUGUUAGAAAAAAGUUUAAACGUUUUUAAUUGUGCAGCGUCAAUGUUUCGGACCCACUCGUGAUCCUUUCUCAAGAUUUUGAGAAAGGACCACGAGGUACGAAACGUUGACGCUGCACAAUUAAAAACGUUUAAACUUUUUUCUAACAACGUCCUACGAGUGCCCAUUUCUCUCUAAUAUUUGAAUUGUGUUUACGUUCCAUUGUGGAGCAACGAGGCAGUACUACUUAACCCCUUAAGGACCAAACGUCUGGAAUAAAAGGGAAUCAUGACAUGUCACACAUGUCAUGUGUCCUUAAGGGGUUAAAGAGUUUCUUUGUUUAUACAACUGCAUAAAAGUGAGUGCCUUCAUACGUCCCUUUUUUUGUCUAACAUAGCAAUUCGCAAUGCAUCACUGGCUUGCCUAGUCCAAAGGUUAUAUGGAGUUAAUGAAUGUAGCUGAUCUAAUCUUUGUAAUUAAUGGAUACUAAUAAACUUUGUUAAGCAGUCUAAACUAAAAAUGAACCACUGGAUAACAAAACCAAUUAUAUCAAUAGAAGUAAUCCAUAUUGCUGUUUUGUGUUUUCCAACUGGUUUCAAUCCAUAUCUAUGUUUGGGGACGGGGGGAAUGCAAUGUAAAACAUUUCUAUUCUGUUGGUGAGUGAGUGUUCUACAAACACCUUAUAUAAGCAAUAUAAAUAGUAUUAUCUAUAAUAUUAAUGUAAUUCUGAUAAACAUCUCACUAACAUGGUAAUUUAUAGUGUUUAACUGAGAAUUCAAAGUGAAUUUCAGUUUUAAAGGGACACUAUAGAUACUGAGAUCACUUCAUCUCUUUGAAGUGGUCUGGACGCCUUGUCCCUGUCCCUGUUAGGCCUACAAUGGAAUACACUGCCAUUUUAGAGAAAUGUCAUUGUUUACAUUGGGGAACUAAUGCUGCCUUCAACUGCUAUCUCAGACAAUGCUUUCCUAUGGGAAAGGUCUAAUGUGUGCGCUGCACUUUGUGCAUGUGCAUUAGGACCCCUCCCAUCGGCUGACGUCGGAGAAGGCAGAGUGCGACUCAAUACCAAGGGACAUAAGCGCUAGAGUCUGAUGAGUUAAUAAAGGAUUAUUUAACUAUUUACAUUGCCGGGGUGACCGCGGGGGCAGAGCAACACGUUAGUUAGGUAUACAUCUUUGCAUUCCCAACACCAAAGUGUUCCUUUAAGGCUAGAAGAGCCGAGCUUAAAGCAUAGCUGAAUUAGAUAAUUUUUCCAGUUUGGCAACUAUAGUGUUGAAUUUGAAAUAACUUUGAAUUCUAACUAACUUUAGUAAAUGAAUCCUGUAAGCAUUUUACAUAAGUGAUACAAAUUGUUAUAAAACUCUAUAUUGCUUUUAGCAAAUCUCUUACUGUGCUAGUUUUUUUAAGCUCCCUGUAUACGGGUCCAGUAUAAAAAAAACUGUAUAUGUGAAAUUUAGCAUGUCAUUAGAUCUGGGAGUACACAGAGAAUACAGAAAGUAACAUAAAAAAAAAUAAACAAAUUGUGGCGGCUCUAAUCAGAAAAUGAAAUAUAUGCUUUUAUUUGUUCUAUUGGUGUAUGGUAUAUGGGCCAAAUAACCCACACCUUGAAAAAUCUGGAAGUUUAGUAAACCAGGGCUGAUGGAUCAUCCAUAAGUUUAAAUACGUGACUUUUUACAUGGCAUUAUUUAAAGCAGGCCUGUCCAACCUGUGGCUCCCCCCCCCCGCCCCCCCCCAGAUGUUGCUGAACUACAACUCCCAUGAUUCUUUCAAUUAAACAGAUAGCCAGGGAAUCAUGGGAGUUGUAGUUCAGCAACAUCUGGGGGGCCCGCAGGUUGGACAGCCCUGAUUUAAAGAGAUGCUCCAAGCACAAUAACCACUAUAGUGCAAUGUGGUUAAGAAACCAUGAGUGCCCUCCCAGGGUAAGUAGUAAAACUAUUUGAAAACCGUUUGACAACUUACCUAUCACUGCCUGCAGGAGAGUCGGAAGCUCCUGUAAAAGUGUGACUGUUACUUUAGAGUAUUUAAUAACAAUAUAAUAUUCAUGAACUCACAGUGACUGAAAUUCCAAAGCACUUUUACAGGAGCUUCCGACUCUCCUGCAGGCAAUGACAGUGGCCUGGUGGACCUUAGGUAAGUUGUCAAACUGUUUUCAAAUAGUUUUACUAGUAACCCUGGGAGGGCACGCACGGUUUCUUAACCACAUGGCACUAUAGUUGUUAUUGUGCUUGGAGUGUCCCUUUAAAUAAUGCCAUGUAAAAAGUCACGUAUUUAAACUGAUCGAUGAUCUAUCAGCCCCGGUUCACUAAACUUCCAGAUUUUUCAAGGUGUGGGUUAUUUGGCCCAUAUACCAAUAGAACAAAUUAAAGCAUAUAUUUCAUUUUCUGAUUAAUGAGCAACUGAGAGACUACUUAAUCUUAUAGACUUUGCCGAUAUUGGAAAUAGGCAGAGCUUCUACUGUCCAGGUUUGUUGUGUCAUAUCAGCAGUUACCAGUGGGAAAAGACUCUGUUUUUUAUAUUGCGGUCCCAUGGGAUAUUCCAUAGACCUCUGUUUUAUUGUCUUGCGCAUGCAUAAGAAUAAACCGGCGACAUGGACUCCUGGCGGAUGAGGUGCCCAGCAAAGUAGGUGGCAGCCCCCCAUAAAGAUGAGACUGAGAGAUGGUGAUAAGUUCAUACACCAUCAGAAUCAAUUAAUCAAUUAAGAAGAUCUUGGCACACCAGGAAUUAUCUGAGUAUGCGUACCGUACCGUACAAGCAGGUAGCUAAAAUAAAAAGCAUUACCUAGUAACGUAGGCUGAAAGACGAGUCAAGUCCGUCAAAUUGAGGCUUUCACACAUUCUCGUUACUGCUGUUCAUCGAGAAACAGGCUAGAAACGCAAUAUGAAGUGAUCUCCAAUUUUGCUACAGAUUGGGAAAAUAUUUCUCCUUUGAUCAAUAAGUUGUAACCCCACAUAGUAAUCAUUAUGUCUUUGAAUAUUCUGUGUAAAACAUCGAAUAAUUGAAUUAUGAAAAUAUUUUAUAUAAUUGUAAUCCGUAAUAAUUUCUUCUUGUAUGAAGGGAUCAUUAAAUUAGUUUCCAUUUAGCAAACUUGUUUCUUGUGUUUUUUUUUUUUUUUUUUAAGCUAACCUUUGACCUGGAUCGAGAGGUUUAUCCCAUGGUGGUCCAUGCGGUGGUAGAGGAAGGAGAAGGUGAGAUAUGUACCCCUUAUGACACUUAUACAAUUGUUUUUAUACCUUCAUCUUACAUUCUAAUUUGCUCAGAGCUAUCAUCUAGGCUUCUGUUACUUCAGCUUUGAUAAUAUGAUAGCAACCUGUGUGCCUGUGUCAUAACAAAUAUUAAUACAACAACAAAGUGGAAAAGCAUUAACAAUAGCAGGGGCAGGACAGGAUACUCUGUGCUCUCCUGCUAUUGAUUGGAGAAAGCAAUGUGCACAUUUUAAAGUAGAACCUGCUUUCUUUUGUGAUUAGACCCAGUCUUCUACAAAUGAAAACAGAAUGUGGAUCCACUCAUUGCUCCUGAUUUGUGCAUUGAGUGCUCCUCACAUUCGUGAGAUGGACACUAGGAUCAAUGUAACAUGUAGGCAACCCAAGCCCGUGUUUACCAUUCUAUACUCUUUAACAUCCUUCAUAUUCUAGUAUAGUCCAAUGUUGGCUCAAUUCGGUCCAGGUUGCUGAUGCUUAAAUCCAGCUUUAUUUCAUGUAUGAAGCAAUCUGUCUCCCCCCUCCCCCCACCCAUUUAGAGUAGUCUGAGUGCUAAUCACCAUCUUUUAGAUUUUUUUUUUAUCACUGUGAAACCAUCUCUGUUAAACCACAGGCAUUUUGUUUCCAUUCCAUGUCCGUUGGAAUCCUAUUAUUUUUGUGAAGCAUUUUAUCCUUUUAUUGAUUUUUGUAUUUGAUCAAACUGAGUGUUGAAUUCAUGUAUUUUUAGCUUUGGCAAUUUUAGCACACCAGGUUUAUAAUGUAGCUUAGGGCUGUAUUCAAUUACCUGAGAUACACUGUUACUGGAGAAGGUGCGUUGAGUGAUAUAUUUUUGGCAAGCUGAUUUCAGCCCCUAUUGUAAUUAGAUGAUUAGACAUCAAGAAGACACGUGAGUACAGGUACAGGUUCCAGGGUCUCUAAUUUAGGCCCAAUGUUAGUAUAACAAACACCUUAGAUUCUGUGAUUCCGACCUUUAUUCCACUCUACUAGACUUGGCAACUUUUUAACCAAAGCUGGUUUAUGUCAAGUCGUUAAUUUAUAUUUCAUACAUUUUAUAAUUUAUAUUUCACAAAACAAUUUUGUAGAGGACACUCAGAUAUCCUAAAAUCUGGAAAGCAUGUACUCAAGACAUGCGCUGUGGUGUACGUUGGCGAUAUACUAAUGAUGAUCAGAUACAGUUCAGAAAUCAGGAGCUUGACAAAUGUAACCGUUCCUGGUAAACUCUCAAAGAUUUGCAAUGUAAGUCUUCCAUUUACAUUUAAAAGAGAAUUUUUUUUAAUCUAAUGAGUGUUAGAGGUACAAGAGGACAUGAUUGUAAUGUCUGCAUGUAUCUGCAGUAUACUUUAAUUAAAAUAGCAGAAAAGUUGAAGAAGACUUGGGACAUAGGUAACAUUAGCCUGUAGUUCAAAAUGGCCGACUGGAUGGACCAUUUAGCUCUUAUUUGCCAAGAUUGGAGUAGUCCCAGAAGAUUGGAAGUUAGCGAAUGUUGUGCCCAUUUACAAGAAAGGUAAUAGGGAGGAGUCGGGCAACUAUAGGCCAGUAAGCCUUACUUCAGUAGUGGGGAAAGUGAUGGAAACCAUGUUAAAGGAUAGGAUUGAUGAACAUCUAAAAACACAUGGAUUUCAAGAUCAGAGACAACAUGGGUUUACUUCAGGGAGAUCAUGCCAAACUAAUCUUGUUGAUUUUUUUGAUUGGGUAACUAAAAUUAUAGAUCAGGGUGGUGCAGUAGACAUUGCUUACCUAGAUUUCAGUAAGGCUUUUGACACUGUUGCACAUAGAAGGCUUAUCAAUAAACUGCAAUCUUUAAGUUUGGAUUCCAAUAUUGUUGAAUGGGUAAGGCAGUGGCUGAGUGACAGGCAACAGAGGGUUGUAGUUAAUGGAAUAUAUUCGAAGCUUGCACUUGUCACCAGUGGGGUACCUCAGGGAUCUGUACUUGGACCCAUUCUCUUUAAUAUUUUUAUUAGUGAUAUUGCAGAAGGUCUUGAUGGUAAGGUAUGUCUUUUUGCUGAUGAUACUAAGAUAUGUAACAGGGUUGAUGUUCCAGGAGGGAUAAGCCAAAUGACAAAUGAUUUAGGUAAACUAGAAAAAUGGUCAGAAUUGUGGCAACUGACAUUUAAUGUGGAUAAGUGCAAGAUAAUGCAUCUUGGACGUAAAAACCCAAGGGCAGAGUACAGAAUAUUUGAUAGAGUCCUAACCUCAACAUAUGAGGAAAGGGAUUUAGGGGUGAUUAUUUCUGAUGACUUAAAGGUAGGCAGACAAUGUAAUAGAGCAGCAGGAAAUGCUAGCAGAAUGCUUGGUUGUAUAGGGAGAGGUAUUAGCAGUAGAAAGAGGGAAGUGCUCAUGCCAUUGUACAGAACACUGAUGAGACCUCACUUGGAGUAUUGUACACAGUACUGGAGACCGUAUCUUCAGAAGGAUAUUGAUACCUUAGAGAGGGUUCAGAGAAGGGCUACUAAACUGGUUCAUGGAUUGCGGGAUAAAACUUACCAGGAAAGGUUAAAGGAUCUUAACAUGUAUAGCUUGGAGGAAAGACGAGACAGGGGGGAUAUGAUAGAAACAUUUAAAUAUAUAAAGGGAAUCAACACAGUAAAGGAGGAGACUAUAUUUAAAAGAAGAAAAACUACCACAACAAGAGGACAUAGUCUUAAAUUAGAGGGACAAAGGUUUAAAAAUAAUAUCAGGAAGUAUUACUUUACUGAGAGGGUAGUGGAUGCAUGGAAUAGCCUUCCAGCUGAAGUGGUAGAGGUUAACACAGUAAAGGAGUUUAAGCAUGCGUGGGAUAGGCAUAAGGCUAUCCUAACUAUAAGAUAAGACUAGGGACUAAUGAAAGUAUUUAGAAAAUUGGGCAGACUAGAUGGGCCGAAUGGUUCUUAUCUGUCGUCACAUUCUAUGUUUCUAUGAUCAGUAUUUAUGUAUUGUAUAUUUAUGUCUUUUGAUUGUUUAGUUCCACACAAAUUUAGACAACCAGAAGGUGUUUGGUUAUGGUUGUCUAUAGUAAAUUUAUUGCGACCCUUUUCUCACAUUAUCUUGGUUUCCUGUUCCUUUGUGGGUAUUUUUAUUUUACAAAACUGUGUGUACUUGACGGCAGUAUCAAUUAUUAUAUUAAGUGUAAAGCGCCAACAUAUUCUACAGUGCUGUAAAAUAAGUGGACUAGCCAACAAGUCUAUGCAGCGACACAAGCUAGUAGUCCAGGAAGAGAAGAUGGUGUGGGGCCAGCAGAAACAAGCUUAAAUUCUAAAGGCAGUGGGGUAUAAUUACAGGAAGAAAAAAUUGGUUACCCCAAGUACAUAUGUUCCACUGUGAUGUGAUUUAUGGGUAAUCCGGCAUGAAUACCUUCCUCAUUCUUUAUCUACUUGUAUGUAUAUUAUAGGUGUAUUGUUUAUUAAAAGUAGAGAAUUAUUUAUGUAGCGCAAGCAAAUUCUGUAGCGCUGUACAAUGGGUGUACUAACACACGUAAUUGUAACCAGACAAAUAGAUGCAAAGGAAUGGAGGGGUUGAGGGCCCUGCUCAAUGAGCUUACAUGCUAGAGGGAGUGGGGUAUAGUGACACAAAGGGUAUAAGUAAGGAUAAUGAAAUAGGUUGCUAGAAAAGUAAUCACUGAGAACUUAGUAGGUUAUUUUUGACAGUUGCAGGAGAGUAGUCAUGGGGGUGGAGGGGGGAUGAAAGCCCUCUUACAGUUUAAAUUAUAUGCUUUCCUGAAGAAGUGUGUUUUCAAAGAUUUUUUUGAAGGAGGGGAGACUGGGUGAAAGUCUAACAGAGAAGGGAAGGGAGAUCCACAGAAAAGGUGCAGCACUGGAAAGGUCUUGGAGGCGAGCAUCAGAUGUGGAAGUACGGACAGAGGAUAGACGUAGGUCCUCGGCAGAGCGCAGAGGCCUUGAUGGGACAUAUUUGUGUAUUGGGGAGGAUAGGUAGGCUGGAGCAACAUUAUUUAGGGACUUGUAAGCAAGCUCCAGAAUCCUAAAUUUAACCCUUUUAUCUAACUGAAAGCCAAUGUAGGGACUGACAGAGGGGGGAGGUGCGGGCGGACAGGAAAAUGAGCCUUGCCGCGGCUUUCAUUAUAGAUUGCAGUGGUGCAAUCUGGGAACACGUAAGACCAUGGAGAAGGGGAUUUCAAUAGUCAAGGCGAGAAAGAACAAUGGCAUGGACCAGCACCUUAGCUGCGUCAUGUGUUAAGGGCGAAUGCGAGCUAUGUUUUUGAGAUGGAAGCGGCAGGAUUUUGCGAUCGACUGGACAUGAGGGGUGAAGGAGAGGUUGGAGUAAAAAAAAACACCCAGCCAGCGAGCCUUCAAGGUAGAAGUGAUGGUAGCGCCGUUGAUUUGGAGGGAGACAGACACGGGAGUAGCAACACUUGAGGGAGGAAAGACCAGAAGUUCUGUUUUGGACAGGUUGAGUUUAAGGAAGUGAGCAGCCAUCCAAUUGGAAAUCGCAGAGGGCAGGUAGAUUUGUGUAUCAUCUGCAUAUAAAUGAUAAUCCAUGGGUUCAAGUGGGUAGGUUCAUAAAUGUGGAUUUAUUGGAAACAGGAACAAAAAAAUAAAACAAAAAAUAAAAAUACAAUGUUCCGCCCAAAAGAUUUGGUAUCAGAAACUUAUUUUAGUUUUUAUAUUAUUUCCUUUAGUGAGAAAUAUGGGCCUUUUCUCUGAUAGAUGGGAGAGUUAUUGCUCUCUCUAGUGGUGGGUUAUGGUAGUUUUGGAUCCAGUCUUGGAUGUAGCUUUCUCAAGUGACUGAGUCUUCACUUUGUGGUGGUAGCACAAUUAAAGCAGUGUCUGUGAGUUUUUUCCUAGAUUCCAUUGUUGUGACAGGAUGGCUUUUAUAAUGUGUAGAAUGGGAGUUGUGUUCCUUUCUGUCAGAGAACAGAUACCAUCUGUUGAGAAGGCUGUAUAAGUAUUGGGAUAUAUAUGUAUGUAUGUGUGUAUGUUUGUUUGUUUUUUCUCUUCAGUAACAUUUCCAAUCCCUGCUCACAUUCCUCCAUGUCCAGCCAUCUUUGUUUUGUACCUCUCCUUCCCAAGCAAUCCAGCUUAUUAUCUUAGAGGGAGUAUAGGACACAGGGCAGACAGGUACCCUGUUUCCCUGAAAAUAGCUUAUUUGGGGGGGAUGCUCAUAAUAUAAGCCCUACCCCAAAAAUAAGCCCUAGUUGCUAGUUUGCUAAUCUAUGUUUGGGAAAGUUUCACGAAAAUAGAUUUGCGGGAUUCCAUGCCCUAGUGCACUGGUCUAUGUUCAGGGGAAUUCCCCCCAGUGUAGACCUGCUUUCUAGCACAUGGUUGCUACAGUUUUUCCCCGAAAUAAGACAUCCCCCAAAAAUAAGGGGGAAAAUUAAUAUAAGACCCAGUCUUCUUUUCAGGGAACGUGUUUUUUUUUUUUUUUUAUUCUUUUAUUUGUGCGUGAGUUAACAACAUGCGAGCAGAGCCACGACAGCAUCUGCAGUCAUUUUCAUGGCAUCACAAAGUGUGGCAGUGUAAACAGCACAUUUUUUAUAUAUAACAUAAAGAUCACAGGCUAUGAGACAUUAGCAGUUGGUAGUAGACAUGCUAGGUGAAAUAUCCAUAUAACAUAGUUAUUCACACUUAAGCUGAUGGUUUUUGUGUAGGUGACUUGUUGAGAAACAAUAAGGUGAACACACUUUUAACGAAAGGCAAUCAAGCUUGAGUUAUAUAGCAAGUGUUAGCUAGGCAUGAGACGGUAGCUUUAAACAUGAAUUGCACUCUGUUUGCACAAUUGGCUAGGUCAGUCGUUGGUCCAUGUAUUAAUUAGAGAUAUAUAGUCUCGUGUAGCAGCCUCAAGUCAUAGCUGUCAAUGCACAACUAGGUCAGUGUUACAGUCAUACAGGUUCUCACUUGGUUAAGUAUGUUUGGCGUCGUAAGACAUGCUGCUGUGUGGAUGCGGUGUGUUGGAUUGUGCGUUGCUUGUAGGGCAGCGAUAUCUAUGUGAAUGUGUGUUUGUAAGUGCCGUGUAAACUAUGUGUGCGUAGGGUUACCACACAAAACAGAAUGCUAGAUAAUUUACACGUGUGACUUAAGUAGGAGUUCUGGCACCCUGGUGUAUCGGAGGGGUUACCCGGGUUUUCUCCGUGGGGAAGGCUGGCUUCAGGGUGGUCCUGAGUCCACACAGACAAGGGGGCGAGGGGGGGAAUCCCCCAUUUAACCGAUACCUGCUCUGCUAGUACUGUGUAGCAGGUAUCCAGGCAUAGUCCAUCCAUGCUGUUCUGUGAGAUCACUGCUGGGUUCUCUUGGAUGGCCGCCGCCUGUUGUGAAACUUGCUUCUGUCAGUCGUCUGGGGGCUGGUGUCAGGCCUGGCUGGUAGCUCGGCUUUGGUCGCCUGAGUUUGCCUUUGUCUGGGUCGCGGUGAUGCAAGCUGGGUGGCAGGUGAGUGUGAGGUGGGUCCUCGUGUGGAGGUAGCUCGCUUGGUUGCAGGCGGGAGUGGUCGUGGCUCAACGUUCCUUCCCCCUAGUGCGGUCGCCAUGAUCCGCUUGCUGGGGUCGCUUGUGCUGCUCGACUUCGGCAUGUGUGGUUGCGGGGGGUAGGUGGUGGUUUGUCCGCCCCUCUCUGUUUCAGCUUAAUUAUCGUUGUUUUGCAGGAGCUGCUCUUGUUUGCAACCAGCUAGCUCGGCGGUCCGGCCCUGCCCCUGGAACGACGUUUUUUGAGGCAUUCUUGAAUUUGAAGGAUAGUCCUUCCACCUCAGCGCAGGGUACUGACAUAUGACUUCAUAGUUCUCCAAGAUUUAUGCAGUAGCUCUAUCCUAACAAGACAACAGCCAUUAAUAUAGUAUUUCUAGCUGCAGCGAAGACUCAUAGAGUGAAUGUGGUCACUGUUAGCAACGUGCCAAGAUAGGAAUAAUAUUUUAUUGAGAGAGUGAGGAAGCUAUCUCUGGCUGCUGUGUGAUUGACAUGGAAAUGCUUUUCUUCUGUGUUGAUGAAUGGUGUGUUUCUUUUCAACAGUUGAAUGUACCUGUUCAAAUCAGAUGUUGCUCUGUAUUAUUAUCAGAUUAAGAAAAGGGAACUUUCUUUUACAUGGAGAGUCUGCAUCCGGGGAUGUGUAACGUGUUGUUUUUUGUUUUUUUUAAUGUACUUGUCCAAAGUACUAAAGUGGUAGCUCACUAAUGGUCUGUAAUGACAGUCUACUUUACCUGACACACACAAUAAUUUCAGAUUAGGGUAACUGCCUAUCGCAAUUGACAUUGGCAGGGUUAUUCACUGAACUUCAAAUUUUGCAAAUUUAAAUACGAAUGGAAAAACAGAGACAAAAUCUAAUCUGGAAAAACUCCAGCUCAGCUAUUCACAACUUUUCAUCUCAAUUGUUUCAUUUAUAUUUAAUUUGUAUGUAGUGUGUAAUGUGUGUGUGUGUGAUGUGUGCUGGUUGUGUGUGAUGUUUACUGUCUUGUCUGAUGUUUGGUUGUGUGUAAUGUCAAUGUGUUUCUGUUGUUUUAUGGCUCUGUGUAGUUUGUGUGUAUGAGAUGUUUGCUGGUAGUGUUUGUAUGUGCUUUUCUUUGCCUUCCCCUCCUACGUAGUUUCUGCAAAGACAGCAUUAUGACCAGAAAAGUCUAGUGGGAGUUAUAACUUUUCAAUGGUCUAGCAGGGGUUAAAGUCCUGGUGGUUCAGUGGGCGGUGGUGUGCACUUCCAGCCAGUGCAAACCACAGUAAUCACUCCCUUGUGGUUUUGACACUUUGUGAGUAAUAGCACAUCCACCACUAAUUCCAGCCUGCCCUCUGACCCCUUAUUGAAUCCUAGACCACAAGAGAACUAUUACUGUAGUCUGUACCCACCGGAGGUGCAGAUCACAUGCUCCCUGUUUCAGCACCAACCCUCCCCACAUCCCCUGUUCUAACAAAUUCUGCUACAUAUCCCGGAUGUGGGCAUUCCACGCCCAUGUGUAUCAGCAUGGACAGGUGUGUAGUAAGACUGCUUUAAUGUUUCUAUUUAUCUUCUGAUUCUUACAGAACAUCUCGGGCACUGUCAUGUUUUGAUGGCGACAUUUGAAAAGGUAGGCAACUUCUUGCGCCUAUAUAUGAGUGUGUUCUAGUUAGUUGAGUUACAUUUGAUUUGUAUGCAAUUGCUGGCGAUUGUGCGUUGAGAGCUCUGCUUGAGCAUGGUGUGCCAUGAAUGGAGCUUGUUUGAUUAUGUUGUGUUAUAAAGUAUAGCCUGAUUGUUUGUUUUUUCUAUUGUUUUUGUGUUUGUAUUUUUAUCUAUUUAUUCAUUUUUGCCCAAAUCUCUUACCUCAUUUAUUUUCUCAUUGUGAAGCAUGCAGAUGGCAGUUUUUGUGUGAAGCCGUUGAAACAGAAACAAGUGGUGAGUAGAAAGUAACAGCAGGGGUUGUAUCUGGCCUCAGACAGAACUGCCCCUGAAUACCUGCUCUUGUCUACCUCCUGCAGGUAGAUGGCGUCAGUUACCUCCUGCAGGAAAUCUACGGCAUUGAAAACAAGUACAACUCUCAUGAUUCUAAGGUAAUGUGUUAGAUGUCGGUUGACUUGCAUCACAAGGAACAACAGAUGAGCGAUAUCCUCCUAGCUUCCAUGCACCAAAAUACCACCUUUGUACUCCAUUUUUAUGAUGCCCAGUCAAUCUUUUGGCUGUGUGAGAAUGCAUAGGUGCUCAAUAUUGCCCACUCCUUUUCUAAAUAAACCACAUUUAUUAAAGGACCACUCCACACACCAAAAGCACUUCAGCUUGCUAUCCUAUUUUAACCACGGUUUAUAAAAGCUCAGAUUUUUAUGAAAUCUUUACUCCCCUUUUCUCCCUUGCCGCGCUGGUCUUGCCUUGGCUAUUCCCAUCUCCGUGGCUGAGAUUAUCACUCUUGAUGAUCUCAGCCAUUCCAAUUCUUUCCUGUAGGAAAGCAUUGGUAGACUAUUGCUUAUGUGAUAAAUGCAUUGAAUCAAUGCAUCUCUAUGGGGAGCAUUCAGCAUCUCCAUGCAGAACAUGGAGACCCUGAAUGUGGGUGCUGCACACUGUGCAGCACUGAGAUAUUUAGCACCUCUAGUAACUGUUUAGGUGACUGGCACUUGAGAUGUUGCAAGGUAGCAAUGUACAUUGAAAAACCUGCAAGGACAGGCUAUAGACACUUGAACCACUACAUUAAGCUUAACUUUUAGUAAUUUGGUACUUGUUAAUUAGUUGCUUUCUGUUAUGAAAUUUAAUUUCAUGCGAUUGGUAUAUCAUUGCACGAAUCACUAUUUGCAUUGUUAUAUAACAUUUUUGUGCAAGAAAUGUUCCUUGCAGUCAAACCUCUUGUGUAGUCUUGUCACCAGUGAAGCCCAUAUAUUAUUCUUGUACAGGAAUUUUCGAGUUGAUGCAGGCUGACAGAAACACCUUAAUGAAAUCAAAAACAUUCUUGUACCUCUGUGUAUAUUUAUGGCUAAAGAUUGUUUUCUAUGCCGACCAGAUUUAAAUGGACACGUCAGACCCCUAAAGCAUUUUAGCUUGCUGGAAUGUUUUAUGUGUGAAGAGUGUCCUGGUUUAGCUUUUUUUCCAUUUUAGAAAAAGUGCAGAUUUCAGUAGAAAUUGGCACAUUUAUAAAUUAACCUUGUUACACCCACCCCUGCCUGUUAACCAGACAACAAGCCCUGUUACUUCCUGGUUUGUUUAGCUCAGUGGAGCUAAACUCAAGAGGCAAUUGCCAAGGGCACCUCCCUUGCAAAGACUUUUCAUUGAGCUGAAUUGGGAAGUCUGUGAUUGGACAGCCACAGAAGGUUUGGGCUAGGGAAAAAGGGGAGGACUUGCAAAAGCUGCAGAUAAGACGAGAGCAAUAUGUUUUAGAUAUACCCCAAUUAAAAAAAUGCAUAGUUAAAUACAUGUAUGUUUUCAUUUGUGGUAUAUCUUCUAAACUGCAUUUUUUAUUUUAUGUAUUUCUUACUUUGGGCAGUGGAGUGUCCCUUUAAAGUCAUAAGUCAAAACUUUUUGUUAAUGUUUUUUCGCAUUGUUACCGUUAAUCAGAGAUCCGAUUAAAUUUACUAUUUUCAUAUGUGAACAUGUUUAUUUCCAUGUUUUAUCAAUUUAUGUUUAUACACAGUUUUUGUAUAAUUAUAGAUAAAGUAGACGUGUGCAUGUGUAUGUGUGUGUAUAUGUGUGUGUGUAUAUAUAUAUAUAUAUAUAUAUAUAUCGGUUAAUUUCCCGAGAACAUAUAUGCUCUCUUCACAUGAUUUCGGUCCUAUCUCAGGUGACAGAGGAUGAAGUUAGUGACAACAGCGCUGAGUGUGUUGUUUGUCUGUCUGAUGUCCGGGACACACUGAUCCUUCCGUGCAGACACCUCUGUCUGUGUAACACGUGUGCUGACACCCUGCGGUACCAGGCUAGCAACUGCCCAAUCUGCCGGCUGCGUGAGUAGUAAUCACAGAUUUUCGCAUAUGCGUCACAGAGUCUUUGACGCUUUUCUCCUGUGUUAUAGACCUCUUCUCACACUUUAUACAGACGCUAUUCACCUUGCCUAUCCCUUCCUUUUUCUGUAUUUAUGAAAACCUUCUUCAUAACUCUUCUUGUAUCUUUCACCUCCUCUCACCCUCACACUGUCAGGCCCAGAUUCCCACUUUGGUAACUACUCUUAUAUUUGCCAUCGAAGCCAUUCCAGUGCUUUCUCUCCAUUUCCCCUUAAACACUGGUUGCCAUGUUAAUGCCAUGUUAACCUCCCCCUCUCCGCUUAUUGGAUCUGUGUUUCAUCCAGCAAUGCUGAGUAAAAUAUUGGUAGACUAAACAUAUUCCCUUCCAGGGUCCAAUAUCAUUAAGUUCUAUCUCUGCGUUGAGUGUAAUAACAUGUGGUGGUGGGUUUGGGCACUGCAUGUAGUGAAGAACACUUAAAGUUUAAAUGGUCAGUUCAAGCAGGCACACAUGCUGGUUACAAUGUGUAGAUCAGGUUGAGUUUUUUUAUGUACGUUUUGCUCCAUAUAAUUUUUUGUAAUUUUUUUUUUUUUUAAAUGGAAUUUUUAGUGUGUAGUGUAAAAUGUAAUUAUAUAAUUUUCUUCUUCAGUUAACCAUGCAGUUAGUUGAUUCCAUUCCUUUUCACCCUCAACAGCAUUUCGAGCUCUCCUCCAAAUCCGAGCAAUGAGGAAGGUUCCGGGCCCUCUCUCCCCAACAGGAUUCAGUCCAAUUCUUGCAGCUCCAUCUUCUGACUCAGAGGAACACACAGUAAGUGCAUGCUGUCUCAGUCCUUCUCUCUGGCCUUAACCUUACGUCCUGAAAUUAAUAAAAUAACCUUUGCAGUAAUUGUUACUGACAAGGGCUGGUCAGUGUCGGUGGUACCAAUUCCACCAUAGGGCUUCACCCUGAGUUAAUUAAAUAGAAUUAGAUUUAGAGAACUCCCAAAGUGAGAUCUCCAAAUUGGCAUUUUAAAUGGAACAAUGUAGCAACACUGGAAUAAACUUGACAGCAGUAAGUACAAUUUAGCAACAGAGUUAUUCACUUAUUCAGUGAUUUGUUAGGUUGUAUUAGUUUGUUGCCAAAAUGAACAGUGCGGUUAAAGUGUACUCCCUUUGUACUCAUUACUAGAGAUUAGACCUCACUCCAGUAUUGGGAUGGACUACUUUGUCCUCAUCCUUAGAUAACAAAUUAGGGAGAUUUUGGGAGCCUGACUGAUCUACAGAGGUAUUGAGAGCUUUACUAGUUUAACAGAAACCCUAUUUCAAUAGGCAAGCAGAGAUGCACUUUAACCACAGUGUUCAUUUUGGCAAGAAUCUAACAAAUCACUGAAUAAGCGAAUAACUCUGUUGCUAAAUUGUAUCUAUUUCCCUCGAUCUUACUGCAGUCAAGUUUAUUCUAACUUUGCCACAUUGUUCCGUUGAAAAUACCAUUUUGGAGAUCUCCCUUUGGGAGUUCUUCAGAAGUAAAGUGACACAUUUUGGAACAAAAACAACGUAGUCCUGUAGACACUGGGAAAUAUUACACAUAUUCCUCUGACCAGCCUGAAGCAAUGUUUCGGGGGAUUUCUAGAUCACCUGUGUAGUUUCAGCGUGCCCGGCAUUUUAUGUUUAGCCUAAUUGUAUGGCUGGAGCUAGUCUGAUAUGCUAAUACCAUAGGUUCUUUCCAUAAUCCUAAAACUUCAAGAUUUAGUUUAGGAUCUCCUCAGUAGGAACUAACCAUAUUGCAAGAUGUUGUAUUUCAGUUUCAUUCCCACUUUGUGUAUCUUAUUUGAUGUUGGGUCUUUCUGCUCAUCAUACAGUCUUCGGAACAUGUACCUCCAGGGUACGAAGUGGUCUCUCUUCUGGAGGCCCUGAAUGGACCACUCACACCAUCCCCUUCUGCUCCCCCAUUGCAUGCUCUUGGGGAUAACAGACGCCCUUGUGCUCUUCCUUCCUAUGGCAGUGACAUCCAGUUGCCCCAUCUCCGAAUGCACUCACCCUUGCAACACCUAUGUGGAAGCCAGGCCUUAAAGCUAAAGAAGAGCAUUUCAAGGUGAGAUGGCAUAAUGACUUGAUUAGAUUGUGGUUACACUCUUCCUAAAGCAUGUAUAUAUUUUUUUUUUUUUAUGAUGCCGGAUUGUGUUUUGCAAAAAACAAAAACAAAAUAAACCACUAGUUCCUUUCCUCCGCCAAGAAGUCUCCCACCUCUAAGAAGAAGCAAUGAGCCACAUAUAAAUACAAAUACACCUGUAUGUUUCCUUUUUAACCGCUUGAUUGCAGAAACAUAUAGAAACUUUCAGCCAAUGAUCAUGGCUCUUUAAUGGCACCUACUCUGCCAACUCACUUUAUAUUAGAGGUAACAUGCACCUCAUUCCAAUGGGUGCAUUAUAAUAGGUGAUUCUGUCCGUCCACAUCAUGCUGGAACUUGGACAGUGAGUGCAGGUGUUUUUAUUUUUGCAGGUCAAUUUCCCAGAAUUCUUCAGUGCUUCAGGAAGAUGAGAUGGAGAAAUCAUUCAGUGAAGCCGAGAUUUUAAGUCCCAGAAAAAAAACUCCCCAACUGGCAGAGGUAAUGUGACAAGGGAACUCUGAAUGAAAGAAAAUGUAAGGACUCGAGCCCUUUAGUUUAGUUGUGCUGGAGCCUAAAAUGUCUUAAAGAGAAAGUUGGAGAGCUAGCAGAAAACAAGAGAGUGGUGGGAAAAUAAUUCUGGCAAAUUUAUAAGCACAGGAACAAGACAAUGGGGAGGCAAUUAAAAGUGAAAAGUGAUGAAGCAAUAGCAUGUUAAUUAGUAAGAGGAGUGUAAAUGGAUAUGAAUGUAAGAGUGACGAUAAAGUAAAAUAUUCUAUAAAUUAAGGAAUGUCAGUAGGGAAAUAAACGCUUUGCAUACAUGCGGAAGCAAAGAAAUCUAAUUAAUUAUUCUACAUGUUCUGUCUAAAGGAGUGUGGAGCCACGCCGGAAAGCGAGAACAUCACGCUGUCUUCAUCAGGGGCCAUCGAUCAGUCUUCCUGCACAGGGACACCCCUGUCCUCCACCAUUACUUCCCCUGAAGGUCAGAUUCCCAAAUCCUCCAUAAUGGCUUUUUAUGUUGCAAUAACCACAGAUAAACACAUUUAAUGGCUGUCAAAAAGCCGGCAUAAUGCAUUCAUAUCAAAAGGCAAUUGUGAGGGUGUUAUUGGAGACAGAUUGUAAUGUAACCCUGCUACUCAUUCUGUAAACAAAGCAUCACACAUAUGGGAAACAAAGAUUUUGUAGCAUGCACAUCAAACUGUACGUCUUCACAGGAUGUUGUGAAUGGCGUGUUCCAUCAAAUGAUGCUACUGCAAAAAAAAAAAAAAAAAAAGACACACACAGGUACCUUUCAAGGCAGGAAGAUCAGAACAUCUGAAAAUAUCUCUGCAGAGUGUGAUAUGGUGACAAACUGCAUAUUUCUCACCACACAGCAGGUGUUUCUGCCUCUUACACAGCGAUAUGUACAGGGGUUCCAGUUUAAUAGUAAAGACUGCUCAUAUUUAUAGUCUCUUAGGCCAGACAGGGAUGCUCCCAUUGUCAAGUUCCAGCAACAUGUAUCACUAUAAAAGGUCCUACUAAGAUGUCCUUCAGAAACACCUGGAGCAAUGAGUAGACUAUUUACAACAGCUCAAUAACAUUUUGAGAUCUGAUCACAGAAACAACCAGCUGCUGUGAGUUGAAAACAGACUUGCAGAAUUUGGUUAAAAUAGCAAAAUGGUGCGGGGGAGAUUUUGACAAUGUUUCACAGCUAUUUUAUUUUUAAGCUAAAUUUUGCAAGUCUUUUCUCCACUUGAUGUUUAGUGCAUAAACCUGUUUAAAUAGCAUUCUAUUAUGUAGAUAUGCUGCUGUUGAGGUUUUUUUUUUUGGUUUUUUUUUAAGUUGAGUAAAAUGUGAGUGAUGUUAUAUAGAAUAAACUUUUCAUUGUGUGCAAAGAAACAUAAACAGGAUUAUUCACUAAAAUGAGAAUUCAAUGUGAAUAUCAAAUUUUAGGCUGUAGUAGCUGAAGUGGAAGCAUAGAGGACUAUGGCCUUAAAUUUGAAAUUCACUUGAAUUCUCACUUUAGUAACCCUGAAAACAUGUAUCACACCUUCCUGCACUUUUUAGUCACUUGUGUAUAAUUUUCUUAUCUCAUUCUUCACACCACGCAAGGGCUGAUCAAGCAGUCAGUUGUCAGUUGUGGGCGUUACAAACUGAAGAACACAGAGCAUUUUCUCCACCUCAUCCAAGACCAGCCCAGUCACUCCAUACCUUUUGAUAUCCUUGGUAAUCCAUUUCCGUGUUAGCAAUGGAAGCACUUGUUUCCAAUGAAGAAGUAUCAGGGGUUUAGCAGCUUUUGACAGGUGCUUUGGGAUCGAUUUUGGUGGGCGUUUGGGUGUGUUGUAGGAACAGAUUUGCUGGAAUAUUUUCUAAGGAUUGGUCAAUGACUACCAUCUUGAUAUCAAAAACUCAGGCCCAAAAAUGUUGUAGGAGUGGGCCACCACGUGUGGCAUAGGGAUUCAGGUGCUUUGCCACAUCCAGCAUAAGAUCUUGGAGUAGGAAAGCUAAAUGUGCAGUUUGAGGAGUGUGAUACCUCCUACAAAGUAAUUAAUUUAUUAUAUAAAUGCUGUUUCCUGACUUUUGUGGAUAUUUAAAGGCACAAUUUUAAUAAGUUAUCAUCCGUUUCUAUGGUAGCAAUGUGACCGACCGGAUGUGUAGAUGAUAUUUAAUUGCAAUUUAAACUGACAUCAGAUCAUAUUUUGCCUGACCAGUGCACUCCUGUUAAUUUUCGACAUGUGCUCCAUUUUUUUUCCCUUUUUGCUUCUGUGCUUAUUUUAGCUUUUAAAUAAAACAUCCUUUUGUUCUUCACUAUAUGUCUUCUUUAUUUUACACUUCUCCCUCCCCUAACCCAUUGGUCUUUAAUUCCCAAAAUUUUCACAGACCCCCUGAGCAGCAGCCUGGCACAGUCCGUAAUGUCCAUGGCCUCAUCCCACAGCCAGCAGUCUCAGCUCAGCACAGACACAGUGUCUUCCAUGUCUGGCUCCUACACAGCAGGUGGAAUGGAUGAAGAAGUGGACAUCACACCAUCACCUCCAGCAGCUCCAAGUGGAUCUCCCUCAGAGGAGGGUGAGGUGAGGUUUUACCCAUUACUGCCAUUAAGCCGUCAGAUAGUGUCAGGCCAUCUAACCACAUUCUGCUAACCUCUUACAGCUGUCACCAGUCAUGUCACCGGAGGCACUUUUUGUCACUGUAUCAGGAGAAGAGAUGGAUGCUGAGGUACUUAUUCAGACAAUUUCUCGAGGGGUGGGAGGUGAUGCAACCUAAUGCUUUAAAUGGGAGAAGGACAAAAACUGAAGGGAUGAGAUGUUGUUGGGUCAGUGGACUACACAAAGAUUUAGGAUAAAAAAAGAGAAUGGUGAAAAUGAGACUGGGAAUUGGAUAAAGGACAGUGAUGAUUUGACCCUCACCUCCCCAUUUAAUAAAAUAUGAUGUAAGACCCGUAAAUGACACCAUUCUGUGAUGUAGAGUAUUUAGCUACAGCGUAACCUUUCGUGGUGUUUACUCCUGACAUUAAAUUCUCUAUUUAUCAUCAUUUAUAAUGUGCACAUAGAUUCAUGUAUAUACAUAUUAACAGAAAAGCAAUCUUUUGAAGUGGCAUUCAGGCUGAGGCCCUUGCUACUCUGUAAUGCUGCUUUCUAUUUUAGGGGAAUGUCACAGAGGAAGAGUUUGCAUCCCCAGAGGAAGAUGAUGGUAACACUCUUGGCAUUUCACCCAUUGCCCACUAAAUUGGCUUAUGCACCCUACUUUAUUGUGCAUAAUGCUUGUAAGGCCCCUCCACCAGCAUAAGAGAGCUAGAGUGAACCCCUACAACUAAAGAUAGCUCCAUUAAACCAUGUUUACCUGAAUGCCUCUCCGUGGCGUAUGUGAGUGAUAGCAUGCAGCCACCCCCGUGUCCUGCAUGGCAGUGGCAUUGAACCCGCUGUGGGCAUACACUCCGUCCCUUCUUCUUAUUGUGCACACUAAUUACCUGAGCCACGUUAACUCAUGUGUGUGGCAGUUUGUUGGGUGCCCCCCCUCUGCCCAACUCUAAUUUCCUUAACUCUGUUGCAGGGCAGAGGACUGGCAGAGAGUGUGACAAUAACAAUGCUGCGCGGGUCACAUUGAGGGACACUCUGGACAAUGUGCGGGGCUCUGAUGGCUGCCUGGCCGGUGAGUGGCUGAAUCCUGAACAUGAACUCUCCAGUUCCCUAUUCAUCUCUAAAUAACCCUGUUCUGCAGGGAGACCAAACCUUGAGCACCGAGCCCCAUCUGUGGGCAUCACGCUCUUACUCUGUCGGUCUCAAAAUUUAUAGCUAUGUUCCUCCUUCACGUUUUCUUCUGCUUUUUUAUUAUGUGUGUCAUCCAACUUACCUCUUUAUAUCUUUUGCCCCUUUAGAACGCACAUUGUUUCUAUUACCUUUCAUUAUUUUCAAGUCUUGUUUGUUUGGUUUUUUUUAACUUAAUUUUUUUGUUCAAUUUUUUUAAAUGAAUCUAGGGCGCUACAUGAUAUAGAGGCGCUUUAAAAAUAGUAUUGUGUUUAAAAAAAAAAAAAGACUUGUGAUAUCUUUUAGAGGUACACAUACUUUUACCCCCCUCCCCUUUUUCCAUAAUGGCCUUUACAAUAGGUACAUUUCUCUUUUGUUACCAUUUCACAUUUUUCUUAAAAAUCCUGUCUUUUCUGUAUGUCCCUUGUUUGCUUUAAAAGUUCAUGUUCACUAUGUGUCAGCUGUGCUCACUGCUUCCUGCUCUGCUUGUCCUCGCUACUCUCCUGCUUCAGCUCCUUGGACCACAGCAUGCCCCAUUCAGCCUGUAGCUCGGGUGGGAGGCAUCUGGGCUUGUUAGCCUUCACCUGCUUUUCUUAUCUAGCCCUGGGUUUAAAUACCAGGUACAGGCCAAAGGACCUACCAGCAAGAACGAUAAAUAAACUUUGUAAACAGGACAGAAGAAAACGCUAUAAAUGUUACAGUACAAGAAGAAGCUAAGGAGAAGAGGGACUGCAAGUAGAAAGUGCAGUGUAUGUGUGUGAGGCUAUUUAGUAGAUGGAGGCCGUAUAUGACAAUUUAGGCAAUAAUCACCAUAGAGUAGUGAUAGCUGCGUUUUUAAUCUGUUCUAAAAACAGCCUCUAAUUAGACUAUUGUGGGAGAAUUUCACUGUCAAUUGUUCCUACACACAGACUGAGAGAGGUGCUGAAUGUAGGAAUGAGUAAACGUGGGAGAAUGGAUAUUGGAAAGAGAGAUAUUUGUGUUAACGGGUGGUGAAAGGGAGGAGACUGGAUGAAGGGAAUCUUGAGGGACAGUUUAUAUAAAAAAAGAUAGUAAUUUAUUUGCCUGUAUUUACCACUGUAAAGUGGUAUUUAAAGGGACACUAUAGUCACCAGAACAACUACAGCUUAUUGUAUUUGUCCUGGUGAGUAGAAUCAGUCCCUUCAGGCUUUUUGAUAUAAACACUGUCUUUUCAGAGAAAAGGCAGUGCUUACAUUACAGCCUAGGAAUAUUUGUAAUAGCCACUUCUCAGAUGGCUGCUAAAGGUGCUUCCUGGGACUGCCAUUAAGUAUCUCCUCCCUCUGCAUGCAAACACUGAAGUUUCUUCAUAGAAAUGAAUUGAUUCAAUGCAUCUCUGUGAGAAGUUGCUGAUUGGCCAGGGCUGUGUUUGACUUGUGCUGGCUCUGCCCCUGAUCUGCCUCCUUGACAAUCUAAGCCAAUCCUAUGGCAAAUCAUUGUGACUGGCUUUCAGAAUCACUUUUGAUGUCAGCUGUAAGCAGGCUGAUCAGGGUCAGAGGCAGCAGCUGUAGACUUGAAUACAAGUAAGAUUUUACUAUAUUUAGGUAGGGGAGGGGGGGCUUAUAUGUAUUUGAAAUGUAACAUUUGUCAAGUUAAGGAAGGGCACCUCUAAAUAAAUAAAUACUGUCAUGGGUUGCAGGGUCUCUUAGUGUCCCUUGGUCGCCAUUUCUCUAAUCCCUCCACCCCCCGGUCCUGGUUUCAGCUACAGCAUACAGUGAUUCUAGCCCUCUGGAACAUUGUAAAAUUCCCCAAUAUAGUGGACAAGACCAGUCGUAUUGGGUAAAACAAGAGAACUGUUUAUUUCAGAGAAAAACACUUGCACUUACGCAAAGGCCCCAUGCAAAGGGUUUCCAACCCAACCACAGGUCAAUCCCUCCCAUGAUCCUUUGUGCCUGAGAGGCAAUUCAGUCCCCUCUCUGGUACAGAGAAAUAAUUUUUACAGAAAAAAAUACCAUAUUCUAAAUCACUUAUGAAUCAAUUAUGAAUGAUAUACCUCCCCCACCUACACAAACACACAAAAUACAUUUAUGAAAUUGUUCUGUUUUUAAAUGGGGUCUUAAGUACUAAAAAUGGACACCAGUGGAACCAGCAAGCACAUCCCAUUGUGACUCCUCCCUUUUAAAAUUUUGCAUCACUUUUGAGAACAGAACACCUUGAUAAAUAACCCUUAACAUGUAUAAAUUAUCAUUGUAAAUUAAGCAAUAUUGAAGAAAAAAAAAAUGAACUGUUAUCAAAAUAUUCAAAUAUAGUUACAUACCUUAAAUGUCUCAUAUAUGUAGGAACUAAAUUAGGUUUUAAUCUAAUACUCCCUCCCUCAUGCUGUACUAACGUUACCCCUAACCGUAUGCUUUCACUAACUCUAGCUGUAUAUUUACUCUAACCUUACUCGUGAGCUUAACUGUACACUAUCCCUAACCCGAAACCAGCGUUAAACCGUACACUUAAUCUUAAAGAAAAACUCUGCUUAUAUCAGUACUGAUCUCAGCAGAUGGGUUAACUAGUUAAAACCGUAAAGUGGUCUGUCACCGCCAUCUACUGGAUGUUUUCAGCAUUACAGGAAUAUUUCCUAAUAAUGCUGAAACCAUGACUGAAUUCAAUCUGCUCAGUCUACUCAACUGUGUUGUUUUCGAUGCAUUUAAAUGGCAUUAUGCAGUUCUCACUUUGAGAGCAGCAUACAGUUCACCAGUCAGCCUGGGUCCGCUAAAAAUGACACCAGCUGACGGAGGGGAGUCCCAGGUAUAAAUUGAUAUGUGGGGUUCUCUGGUGAGUGUAGAGAUUUUAACCCUGCUCACACCCCAUUGCAGCAAUGGGCAUUUAAAUCCCCAUUUAAAGGUCUGUAUGCAACUAUCACUGUGAACACUGCAUACAGCUCAUCUGUUUGUCUGGGGCCACUAAAAGGCUCCAGCAGAUAGAGAGGAACCCCAGGUAUCGAUUCGUACUUGGGACAUGUCCAUACGUCCUAAUGUUAUUAAAGCCCAGUAGUAUGGACAUAAUGAUAAGUCGGAACGAUAUGAAAGUGUUACAUAAGUAUAUGAUUGGUACUCUUUUAUAGCUGUAUACUGAUUAAGGACUAUAUUUCAAUACCAUGCUCCUGAAUAUGCUAGCAUUAUAACUGAAAUUUUAUUAGAACUCUCAAGUAUAUGUAACGUGUAUGUCACAUGAAAAAGAACUUCGAUGAUCAAUAAAGCAUAAAAUAGUCUCCAUGUUAUAUAUAUUUUAGCAGUUUCAAACAUUUAAAUAACACAUUUAGACAGUUCUUUUGGGAUUCUUGUUGAUAAUGUACUUUUUUUUUUUUUUAGUAGAAAGCUGCUUUAAAAAGUGUCUUUGAGUCUAGCUUUGCAGUGCAUGUAUGACAAAUUAUUGAAUUUCUUUUCAAUAAGGAUAAAGCUAUUGUCCCAGCAUAUAUCACUCUAUCUAAGCUACAUUGUGUGUUGUCUUUUGCUCCCUAUAUUCAUGCACUUACCUGUCCUUGUUCAACUGCGUCUUGUCUAUGUCUUUUUUCUCUCUCUUACCUCAUCCACAGUGGCCGUUCCAGACCAUCAGCCCGUACCCAUAGGAGAUUAGGUACGGAAGGUGGACAAUAACCCCUGAUUUAGUCUCGUUCCUAUUAUUCCCAUGGGUAGUUUGAAUGAUGUCUUAUUUUACCUGGAUUUGUAUUCUUAUGUUCUUUUUCUUUAGUAGUGUCUCUCUGAAAAAAUAUUAAAAUCUCAAUAUCUAUAGAUGGAUAUGAGGGUCUUCUAAUUGGAAACAUCAACAUUUUGAGAUACGUGCUGUUUGGCUCAAGCCUAGUCAAUGAAAAGUUGCUAUACUUGUCUCUUUCCCUACUUUUCUUCGAACUUUGUUAACCUAUUCCCAUUCUUCUUACUAUUAUCAUUAAUUGUGUUUCUUAACUCCUAUUAUUUUUUUAGAUGUCUGUUAUCCUGCUGCCCCUGGACAGAAGGCAAAGCACCCAUGCCAUGGGUCAGAUACCUGCAUUUCUCUAAAGGAGGUGGGUGACAAGCAAAGCCGGCUCGGAACUCUGGAUGUGUAGUAGCCUCUUACCCCAAUAAACUUGCUGCUUACCAUGUGGACACUUUACCCCACAAAUCACCAAGAGAGGCUCCCACCACCCUACCGUCACUCAGGACACCCCACAGAUUGCUCCUGGUGCCAGCCGUCCCACCUUCUUCACCAUGUUCCACAUCCCAUGCACCAGGAAGUGUAAUGAUGUACCUGUACCACAGCAGAAAGGGGUGGCUGGUACCACUGCUGUAUAUUCUGUUUGUAUUUGGCCCGUGAUGUAUAUAUUCUGUGUAUAGACGUAUGGCCAAGGUAGCACUAUUCCGUUUGUUUCCCAGACUGUAUAUAUAUAUCAAAGGGAUGAUGGCACUAACACGAAUGUGCCUGUUUAGCAAUAGUGAACUGGCUGGGACUGUUGCUCUCGAUGUGCAUAUUCUGUGUAGUCAUGGGGCACAGGCUGGCACUGGCCAUAUGGGACCAAACAAGGUGGGAGCUUAGUUCUGUAUCUGUGAGGAAGUAUGCGGGUCAAAGUGGACGCAUGUAUGUAAAGUACAGGAGAGGUAAAGAUGUAAUAUUAUUUGUUUUAUGAAAUGAUGCGAGACUGACCACAGAAGAGAGUGUGCAAUAUCCGCUCUGGGAUUUAAACUCCCAGUGAGCUUUUAAUAGCAAAUGAUGAAACCAGCCAGGGCUGUACCAGUGUGAAACUGGUCAAUGAAGAGCUGUGUUGGUGUGCCCCAGAAACUUGACAGUAUGAUUGAUUUCUGGUAAUGGAAGGGGUGGGGGGGGCCUAUGCAUGUGUUAUGUAAACAAAGAUGGACAGAAUAGUGUGCCUGUUCUGUGUAUCGAGAGGGGCAAGGAGCCUAGUACCGCUUGUGCUUUAGCAGUUCAAGGGAGGUGGUGCAGACUGUUGUAUAAAUUAAUUAAUUGCUUUGUUCAUAGAAUCCUCACUUCACAGCCUCAUUGUCCUGGGAGGCACCUCCAAGCAAUGUGACAUUUAAACAGUAGAUCAUCCCAAAAAUUGCCCAUCUGCUCUACUGAAGUCUUGCUAGCUGUUGCCUGCACUUCUGAUUAUUCGUUCCUUCCACUAGUCUGAUAGGGCUGACAGACCCAGAGACUCUUUUCUUCUGAUCCACUUGGGUUCAUAGAUAAUUCAAACGUCCUGAUGAGGCAAUGAGAGGAUUAAGCAGGAAUGAGGUACCUGACCUGAAGCUUAGGGUGCACAACUUUCAGGAUAAUAAGUGUAGGUGGUCGACAAGUGGGGUGUCAGCUGUUCAAGGCGUAAUCUGACCAGGUAUCAUUUAGAAUGUAAGGUUGUAAGAAUAUCACUACAUUAAACAGAAAUCACACAUAUUUACUUGGUGGUCGUUGUUGUUGUAAAAACUAAAAAGUGGAACAUUUACCCUGCCCUUUCUUAGACCAUUCUGACCGGAUACCCCAAUGUCACAUACACUUUAGGACAGAGGUUCCCAAAAGGUAUGUCCCCAGAUGCUGUAGAACUACAACUCUCACACACUUUGCACACUUUUAGAAUUACAAAGCAUUAUGGAGGCUGUAGUGUUAAAACAUCUGGGGUUCUACCUCCUGGGUACCCCUGCUUUAGGGUUUAUUCACUAAAGAGGGAUUUGUGGCAUUUUUACAACUGACAAAUAAACUUAAAUAAUGAAAGUAAACCUCCAAAACAUGGCUCUAGCUCAACAGAGAGAUUUUUGUCUAAGUUUCCAAUUAUAUAUCAAAUGUCAAAAGGGUGUUUUCAACUUUCCCCAAUUCACAAUUCAGCAAAUAAACCCUGUGACUGUAUUGUCUCUUGUCUAUCCUCCAACAUAAAAAUGUUUGGGAGGGGAAAAAGGGCUUUGGGCAAGAGUACAUUGAUGCCGAAUUCAAAAUUCAGGGAAAUGUAGAAUAAUGUAAAUCAUAGCAAUUACAAGUCGGUUUUUCUUUAUACUUCAUGAUUAGGCAAAUCACUACUACUAGUGAAUGGGUUAGUCACAUGGGAUCACAUUUUGCUUAGGUGUAGAAAUUCAAGGUAGAUGCUUAUGGCUGUGUGCAGCCAAGAAUAAGUGAUGGGUAUUAAAGAACAUUAUUACAAUGCAGAUUUUGGUUGGAGAUAAACAAUACAUGUAAUUCUUUUUAUUGGUGAACUUUCCUGCACGGUUUAUUGUGAACAUGGUUCAAUUUAGAGUUUCAGAAGGAAACUGGUGCAAGUUGAGCCAAUGUUAGCUGCAGAAGGAAAGUAGUUGUGUGCACAUUGUGCAGUUUAGAGGAACUACCGGUAUAUGUUUGCUAAAGUAUGCGUUUUCCAAACCAAGAUCUGAAGGAAAUUCAAGUGGCACUAUAGGCACCCAGACCACUUCAUACUAUGGGUCCCAUGCACCUGUCUGCUUAAACAUUGCUGUUUGGUAGGAAUGGCAGUGUUUACAUUGCAGGGUUCAAAUGCCUCUAAUGGCUGUCACUCUGACAGUCGCUGUAGGCGCUUUCUCCGAAAUAGCUGGGUAAAACUCUGCUAUUUCUAUGGUCUAUGGUCUCAUCGAGUGCACUAUCCUCCCAUUGCGUUCCCAUGGGAAAGCAUUGGAUUGGCUGAGAUCAUCAGUCUUGAUCUCAGCCAAAAAGGCAGGACAGCAGCACUGAGACCUUCUUUUGGCCGGUUCUUCUGGAUUGUUCGAUAACAAACUUUUCCUUUCCUCAUACCAAUACUGCGAGAGGUUGAUGGCUAUACGGGUAAUAUGCACACAAUGCAGGCCAUGCAUAUUUGGACAGGCACAACACUUUGCUCCUUUUCCUCUGUCUUUGAACAAUGAAGCACAAUAACUCAGAGGAUAGAAUGCAGACUGGAUGUUUUUGAUGUAUGUAUUUCACAGGUUGGGAUAUAAUGAGCUUCCCAUCAAAGACUGUACUUUAUCCUCUAAACUCACACGCAAUGUGAGUGUAGAUACAAAACCUGUAAUGGUCUAAUUGCAGUUUAUUUCACAUUUAGAUCAAGAGAGCAGAAUUUGAAAACUCCUAAACUGAAUAAUUUUUUUUCCCGUCAGACUAUUUUGUCCUAAAAUUGGAAAUUCCCUUUAAGACCCUCCAAUAGUAUAAUCACCGCUUGGCAGGGGCAGGUAGGUUUUACUUAGAUGAAGCUGUAUCUCGCAGGACCACCAUUUCAUCUGAGGACCAUGGUCUGCUCCUGGCACUUAAAGGGACAUUGUAGGCACACAGACAACUUAAGCUCAUUGACUGAAGGGGUUAUUAACCUUUUCAGUGCUGCGGGAGGGGGCCUUGACAGAGGGGGAAGCUAUAGUGCCAACACAGUGCACAUGGAUAUGCAUGGAUUUUGCCCACACACAUUUGUUGUGCCAGAACAGAUAUGCAAAGAACACUGCCCUCUAGUGUCCACACAGUGUGUUUGGAGCUUGUGCCAUUGAGCUGCAUAAGGAUGCAUUAAAACAAUAAAUGUACCUCCAGUAUAUGCACUCUGAGUUACACUGUGUCGGAAGGUAUUCAGAUAGUGAGCAAUGAAACUGUAUUCAUACAGUAUUACUCUAAUUUACCUGCAAGAAAAAUAUGCUUCACUGCAUAUAUAGCAGAACUGUGUUUAAAGGGACACUGUAGGCACUAUAUUCAUUUCAUCUAGUUUAAGUACCUGGAGUUCACAGAAGCUGUCCCUCUACUCAGCAUUAAACUAGUUUUGAGCAGUUUAUGACUAAAUAAGGGUCCCUGGUUAUUUACAAACCAGCCCUUACUGGGGGACUGGUAAAGGCAGAGAUUAUACACUUCCUUGUAGCCAUACCAAUUCAUAUCCGCAAUGGGGGCUGUGAUGGGUCAUCUGACACUUUUUUUAGCCAAUCACUGCUGCUCAAGCUAAUGCUUUUUCAGUAUCCCAAGCUGCACAGAGGGGAUGGGCUGCUGAGGACAUUUGUUUAGCAUUUAAAAAUAGUUUAAUGCUGAAAGGAACGAUAGCUCUAGGGUCUUCAGAGUUAGCGUCCCUUCAAAUAUUUUUUCAGAAGGUUACACAAAAUUAUACAUAUUUAAGCAAAUGAAGGUGUUCUAAUGUGUAUAUAAAAUAUAUUAACCCCUUAAGGACCAAACUUCUGGAAUAAAAGGGAAUCAUGACCUGUCACACAUGGCAUGUGUCCUUAAGGGGUUAAAGGAACACUAUUGGGUCAGGAACACAAACAUGUAUUCCUGACCCUGUAGUGUUAAAACCAUUUAGGUGGCUUGCCUCCCCCCUUAGAGAGGGUUAAAGCUGAUCUUUUUUCCAGCACCUCGCAGGCAGGACCGGAUUAACAUUCGUCUAAGGCAAAGGAAAGGUUUUUUUUUACUGUAAGAAAAAUAAGCAUGUGGAAUUCUGUGCCUGAAGAAGUAGUUUUAUCAGAGUCCAUACAGAUGUUCAAACAGCUACUAGAUGCAUACUUGAAAAAAACUGAAUAUUCAAGGAUAUAAUCUUUCAUUCAGCCAUUCUGGGGUCAAGAAGGAAUAUUUUUCCUAGCUUGUUGCAAAAUCGGAAGUGCUUCAAACUGGGUUUUUUGCAUUCUUUUGGAUCAACAGCACAAAACACUGGGAAACAUGGGGCACUGAUACAUAGGGACACUGUGAGACCUGGGGUAAUCAACACAUGGGGACACUGAGUCAUGAGGGCAGUGGGACACUGGGAGCCAUAGGGACACUGAGACAGUGGGAGACUUGAGACAUUCGGGGACCAGGAGACACUGGGAGCAAUCCAUUUAUACAGCAGAAUCAAACUGUAAGUAGUUUUUGGUGAUAUAACAGCAUUUUCUCUUAUGGCACUCUUUGUGAUUUAUAUCAUGUCACCCAUACAUAAUUGAUUAUGCAAAUUAGUAAGGCCGGUAUGUUUUUCCAAGAAAGGUUGCAACCCUAACUACUUUUCACAUACUCUUGCUUAAGUAUGGAAACUUAAAGGGACACUCCAGGCACCCAGACCACUUCUGCCCAUUGUAGUGGUCUGGGUGCCAGCUCCCACUACCCUUAACCCUGAAACUGUAAAUAUUGCAGUUUUCAUAAACUGCAAUAUUUACAUUGCAGGGUUAACUCCUCCUCUAGUGGCUGUCUAGAGGGCACUUCCUGGUCUAUAGCACAGGUUUUCUGUGCUAUAGCGUCGCUGGACGUCCUCACGUUAUGUGAGGACCUCCAGCGUCGCUAAAAUCCCCAUAGGAAACCAUUGAAAGCAUUUUCAAUGCUUUCCUAUGCGGAGGUCUAAUGCGUGUAUGUGGCAUUGCCGCGCAUGCGCAUUAGGUCUCAUCCCGCCGGCAGCCGUGCAUGCGUAAUCGGUAUCAUCCCGGCGGUGGCCAUGCAUGCGCAAUUGGUCUCCCCCGCCGGCGGGGGAGGAGCAUGGGCGGACCCUAAACCACCGCCGAGGGACAUCGGCGGUGGUCUCAGGUAAGUCACUGAAGGGGUUUUCACCCCUUCAGCAACAUGGGAUUGGAGGUGGGAGGGAUAGGGGACCUGCAGUGCCAGGAAAAUUAUUUGUUUUCCUGGCACUGGAGUGUCCCUUUAAGAGGGAUGUUUGGGAACAAAACUUGUGAGGACUGGCUGACAAUGAAAUUAGUUAAGCUAAUGCUGAGUUUGGUCUCUCUAACACUGUGGCAUGUUCCCUUUCUUCUACACUCACUACAUACAGUUUUACUUUGUCCCAGACUAUAUACCAGGAGCUUCUGCCUGCUAGUUAGAAGGUAAGGAGACAAGUGGACCAGCGAGUGCUAGGGGACAGUCCUUAGAAAGCGUUAAGCGAGCGCAUCAUUAGACGCAUUUAUGCCAAGCUCAGGGUGCUGUCUGCGUAGUAUGCCCUUAGUUGGCCAGCUUGCAUGAUUGGCAGGCAGCCUGACAUGCAUUCAUGCCAGGCUGGGUUUCCAAUUCUUUGGGCAGACAUGCACACUUUUUGGGCAAGUUUGCCCCUUUUGACUGGUUACGUGAUUUGCGUCCGUGGCAAACCCCAUUUACCCCGCCCAUUGACUUCCUGCUUCACUAGACACUGCUGUUAGGGGUUCUGGAUUUACUUGAAAGAUGAAAACAUAAAUUAGAGAGAGAUUAGCAUAAAGUAUGAGUUUUCUUAUAGCUGCUGUUUUAUUUCCCUCCAGCACCAUCUCCGUCAGAUACAUGAUGUUUGGGAGUGUUUUUGGUCGAUAAGAUUCUGUAAUUAGGCCCAUCAUAAUUGUCAGCACCAGCUGGGCUCUUAAUCUGGCCCUGAUCACAGGUCCGCUGGCGCUAACCCUACCCCGAUCCGCCUCUUUGGUCUACAUCAUUGCAGCACUGCCCCACGAACCAUCUACAGUGGCCAUCUGAUGAAUGACUACUGGAGGUGCCCCUAGGCUUUAAUGUAAACACUGUCUUCUUUCUGAAAAGACAGUGUUUGCACAAAAAUGCUUGCAGGCACUGUCUAUACUCACCAGAACAACUACAAUGAAAAAAACAGGAUGUUCGGGAAUACUGAUCGGAAGCAUCGCAAGAUAACAGAGGAAAGGGUGAAAAUUUCUUUGACCACAAGAAAGUUGUGAAAGCUGGUGAAGCGUAGGAAAAAUACAUAAGACAAAGUAGUUCCUACUUUGUCUUAUGUUUUAAAGAAAACUAGAUCUGAUAGGAAGAAAAGAAGAACAGAUCCUGAGAGAGGAAGAAGCGAUUGGGGAAAGGUAAGUUCGGCGUGACAGUGCAGCUUUAAUGGUCAUAUUUAGUCUGUUACUGUGUAAAUAAAUAUAUUAAAGGACCACUAUAGUGCCAGGAAAACAAACUCUUUUUUCCCAGCACUAUGUAGUCCUUAGGUCCCCCCCACCCUCAGGGCCCCCCUCCCGCUGGGCUUAAGGGGUUAAAACCCCUUCAGCCACUUACCUUUCUCCAGUGCCGGGAUCCUUCUGCGCUGGGUAACUCUCGUCCCUCUGCCGACAUCAGCGCCGAAUGCCAUGUGCGGCAAGAGCGCAUUCAAACCGCCCAUAGGAAAGCAUUACUCAAUGCUUUCCUAUGGACGUCCGCUGUGAUUUUCACAGUGAGAAUCACGGAAGCGCCUCUAGCGGCUGUCAGUGAGACAGCCACUAGAGGCUGGAUUAACCCUCAGUGUAAACAUAGCAGUUUCUCUGAAACUGCUGUGUUUUCAGGUGCAGGGUUAAAACUAGAGGGAUCUGGCAUCCAGACCACUUCAUUGAGCUGAAGUGGUGUGGGUGCCUAUAGUGGUCCUUUAAAGCAGCGAUGUCCCUAAAUGUGCAUCCCAUUCCCCACCCUCUCGAUGCUUCCCUCUAGCCCCAAAACAAUAUUUAGUGGCCCCAUGAUCAGUGCUACUUAUCCCAUUUCAUGUUGUGCCACCCUCUUAGCCUUUCUAAGUUGGUGUCCACCCAAAAUUUUCCCCUCUAAACUCCUUGGGCUUACCUAGUGAGGAACUCUGGUGGCUUCCAUGGAACUGAGUUGACUCGUGAUCCCACAAGCAUCAAAAACAUGAAGUGACAUUGACAGAAUGACAACCCCUGGAAGGGGGUGAGUACAAGGCUGACAGCCAACCAGCAAUUUAUACAUAAAGGAACAUUAUUCACUACUUCUCUUAAUGUAUUACUUAAAAGGUAUGACUCGUGGUUGUCUCCCCCCUUUCAUGGCUCUUGCGGUCUCCCUUUUCGUGGAUCUCACUUCCUGUUAUAGCAUGGCCUUGCGGCGUGCAAUAGAGGAUCUUCUUUAUCCUCUACCUUGUCGGACAGAAGGCUGCUGCCUGCUUCUAGCCAAGCCAAUGCAAACUCUAAUUAGGACUUUAAACAACAAAGCAAUUACAAAUGAUCAGUAGGAUAGCCAAUCAGAUAUACCAGUCAGCUGUGCUGUUAAGAGGGACUGGACUAGAAUUAGUUAUCAACUGUUCUACAGAAAAGAAUUCAAGGCAUGUUUUAAGUGACCAUUCCCUUCCCUGGCUGUAGAGCCACUGGGGAAAAGAAAAGGGAAGGUGCGUGCUACAUGAAUUAACCAUUAGCUUGCAUCAUGUCCUCCAUAUAAUUAUGGCACAAUGACAACAUAAUUGUUAUAUUUAUAUAGUAAUCUAGGUUCAAAAACUCAAAUCCAUCAAGAGCUAUCUUUCGACCGAUCUUUUUUUACACUGUUGAUCCAAAAGAAAGCAAAAUAGCCAUUAAAGUGUAAGCUCAUCUGUCCCAUCAAAGCAAAACUCCUAGGUGAGUCCUACACUAAUAACUCCCCUUGCUGCUUUCAGCUGUAAGGUAAAAUCUCUAAUGAGACAGAGUGGGGUAUUUUUCUAACCCCCCUACACACUUAUUAACCCUUUAACGGGCUACCCUUGUGGUAGGCGGCAGCGUUGUAACAUGGCUUUGUAAUACGAAAGCAAAUACAAACACACAGAAUCAAGCGCUGUGCUCAAACUCCCACUACUCCUAGCUGUCUGCGAUGACUAUAGUACAUAUCAGCCCACAUACAUAGAUGAAAAGCAAAAAAAGAAAAAGUUACCUGCGCUCUGUCCGAUAUUCCUGUGCACAUUUAAAUAACAGGAGGUUUUUAGUAUCACUCCAAUGGCCAGUGCAAGCUCACUUACCACAUCAAGGCAAAUCUCUUUGAUGAGGUUUAUAUCAAACUAUACAAAUGUCCCCUGCCGUGUGAGGGCUUGAAGGGCCAGUAUUACUUACCUUUUAGCCCUUGCAAAACAUGUCUCCACCCUGCUUAUAGGCCUCCUUGGCUGAGCGCAUCAAGAUUGAUGAUCCCAACCAAUCUAAUGCUUUCCUAUAGCAUUUGGAGACUAGUGUGCCUUUGCUGCACACUGCGCUGCACUAUAUCAUAAUCUGAUUGAAUUGAAGUCGGCUAUUUUGUUGGAAGCGCCUCUAGUGGCUGUCAGAGUCACAGUUACUAGAGGCAGUUAAAGUGAAACUGUCACCACAUAGCUGGUGGUUGGCUCCCCCACCAUACUCUUUUUACAGAGUAGGGUUUUACACUUCUGUAACACCCACCUCCAGUCUGCCUGCGCUCGUCCUGAGUUCUUCUCUGAUUUACCCUGCUUGGGUACACUUCCCCAAGCCAGGCAUACCUUCACCAUAACACCGACACACUGGCUUCAUUGCCGGCGUGUGAAUUGAGUGACCAUAAAAAUCAUAACACACGCAUUGUAAUUGCAAUUGGCGGAGAACCGAGACCUUUCCUGUUCUCCCUGUGGGAGGUCUUUUCUGCUUUUCCCGUCUCUCAAUUCUUCAACAUUAAGUGUUCACACACACACACAGCACCAUUUACACACAGCACAAUUCACACACAGCACCCCUCACAAACCCACUGUACCCCUCAAAAACACACAGUACCCCUUACACACACACAUACACCACACCUCUCAAGGCAGUCUGGGUGUAUUCAGCAGUGUGUGUGUGUGUGUUUGUAUUCAGCAGUAUGGGUGUAAUCAGCAGUGUGUGUGUGUGUGUUUGUAUUCAGCAGUAUGGGUGUAAUCAGCAGUGUGUGUGUUUGUAUUCAGCAGUAUGGGUGUAAUCAGCAGUGUGUGUGUGUGUGUGUUUGUAUUCAGCAAUAUGGGUGUAAUCAGCAGUGUGUGUGUGUGUUUGUAUUCAGCAGUCUGGGUGUAUUUAGCAGUGUCUGUGUGUGUAUUCACAAGCCUGUUUGUAUUCCGCAGUCUAUUUGUGUGUUUGUGUGUGUGUGUACUCAGGAGUCUGUUUGUGUAUACUCAGCAGUCUGUUUGUGUGUACCCAGCGGUCAGUCAGUGUGUGUAUUCAGCAGUCUGUGACUAUAUUCAACAAUUUGUGUGUGUGUGUAUGUAUUGCAUUUGUUGAAGGUACCAAUAAUUAUAAGCUUCAAUUUAUCGAUAAUUUACAUUUUUAUUCCUGUGAGUUGUUGUGUAGUCAGGGCCCCAGUACACUGCUUUGCCCGGGGGGCCAUAAUGCUGUUAACAUGGCACUGCAGUGAAGUUAUCAUUCAUGUCAUAGUCUGUCUGCAGCAUCUGAAUGCUAUAUACCAAAGAAAUGCACAUUUUAAUUUUCUGACAACCAACAUGAAGAUGUGAUAUGUGACCACAAAUAAACUGGCGGAUCUGAAAACCCUGCUUGGAUCUGUAAUAAGUAGGUAAAUUGUGUAUUUUAUACCAUUUGGUCAAGAAUUUCUAACCUUCCCCAUAGUUCUUAUUGAAUGUGGGAUAAAGGGGGAAAAAAGAAAACUAAAUUAAAAACUAAAGUUCACAACAUUAAAGUGCAAUUUCUAAACUAAAAUGUGUUUUCUAUUUUGGAAUUACAUUGAGUUUGAAAAAGCCGAUGGCUAUUGUGAUCUUACCUUUUACAAGUCAACCGUCAAAUCUUCACAUUCUUUUAAAUACGUCUACUAAAGAGUUACUUGUCGGGAGAUCAAAGAAUAUUCAAGGUGAUUUCAGCCCAAAAUAGCAGUGUGAAAAUACCACCAAGUCAGCAAUGUUGUCAUUUGCACUAUUUUGUCCAAAUAUUUCAAAUUCACUUUGAAUUCAAGACAAAUCCCCCUUUGGCAAAUAACCCUGUUAAUCUUAGAAUUAUUUCCAUAAAUGUUAUUUAUGGAAAAGGUCAUUUAGAUGGCCUGUUACAACUUGCCUUGUUCUUAACAGUCAUGUCCUGUAAUUAAGGGAAUCCCUUCUCUAUUUAAGUUAAAAUACCUUGAAACACCAGAAAUGUAAUUCUUCCAGUUUAACAAGAAUAACUGUACAUGUACCAGAUCUCUUUUCAUAGAUCACAUCUAAAAGGGAAUCAGGGACUCAUCAGAUUACAGGUGCAAAAACGGGUAGAGCGACCUUUUCAGAACUCUGGUACUGAAUGGGUUAACUGAAAUGAGACUGUGUUUGAUGUCGAUUUACGUGUAAUCCAUAAGAAAGAGUCCUCAUUUUAUAGAUGCUAAUGAUUAAGCAAACAUGUCCAAGUUACUAUACUGAACAGGUGCAAGAGAUGGAGGGGAUAUUAAACGCUGGGACAUAAAAAUGACUAAAUCAAAGUACUGGGUGAAAUGAAUAGCAAAGAAUAUAAAAUCUCUAUAAGGUUUAUUCAAUGAAGAGAAAAUUUAAAGUGAAUUUCAAAUUUAAGGCCAAAAUAGCUGAAUUGGAAAAAUUCUCUAAGUCAGCUAUGCUUCCAGAUCAACUACUUUGGCCUGAAAUUUGAAGUUCUAUUUGAAUUCACAUUGAAUUCUCACCUUAGUGAAUAACCACGUAUGUAUAAGUAACAUUUGAGUUAAAUAAAAAAAAAAAUUAAGUGGUGUUUUUAUUUUUUUUAUUUCAGCUUAUGUAUAUCACAUAAAGUUCUACCAAGUCUCUGUGUUCCAUCAUGAUGAGUUAGAGUGCUAUGAACGUGUACCUCUAGGUUUAAUUGGAACAUACGAUAAUGGGGACAUUUGUCAAGGCAGCAGGUGUUAAUCUGGGAGAAAGUGGUAAAUGUUGAGAGACAUUAAGGGAGGUUUAUCAGAGUGCCGCUGAAUAAUAUGCACCUUUUUGGGAUUUUUUUAUGUGCAUUAUUAAUUCUAUUUAUUAUUUUAUGAAUUCCAUUUUUUAUUUUUGCAUUUUUCUUUUUGUGCAGUUCAUUUAACCUAUUAACCUCCCUUAUUGGUGUGUGCAGUGCAUUUUUUUUUUUUUUGCUCCAAAAAUAAUAUACUCUUCUGUUUUAUGACACUUUUAUUUUGGAGUCGAAUGCAAGUAAUAUACGUGCAGAAUUUAUACCGUGUUCUUACUUAAUGGUACAAAAUCAUGGGGGAGCAAAAAACUUUCCAAACUACUUUAAAGGGACACUAUAGUCACCAGAACAACAACCGUUUAAUGUUUAAAGUUGUUCUGGUGAGUAUAAUAGCUCCCUUCAGGCAUUUUCAUGUAAACACUGCCUUUUCAUGGAGAUGCUGAAUUGAGGUCCUGAUUGGCAAUUGGCCACGCCCCCGUGCCGAUUUUAGCCAAUCCAAUGCUUUCCCUACAGGAAAGCAUUGAAUUGGUUAAACAUCUGCCCUUUUCAUGAUGUCACAAAGGGGGCGUGGCCAGCACGGCGGACUCGUGCGGCACUGGAAAUAAGUUGAGUUUUACAUUUUUAUAGGGGGGACAAAAAAUCUAUAUGGUGGGUUUAGCACUGUAGGAUCAGGAAUACAUGUUUGUGUUCCUGACCCUAUAGUGAUCCUUUAAAACACGUAAAUAACUGAAACAUGAGAACAAGCAUAAUUUAACGCAAUGCACAAUAAAUGCUUAUGGUACUUUAUAGCACAAGCGUGAAAUUUUCUAUAUAAGGUCCUUUGGCCUUCAGGAUGUUUCACAGACUACGUUUUGUACUCUUGUACAAGCAUUGCGUGUACAAUAGUGAAGAUGGCCCCUUCCAGGUGCAGCAACGGAUCUGAAGAAGAUUGGCGGUUAAAGAUGACAGCACCAGGUAGAGAAACUACUCUGCGUGGCCACCAUCAUGCAAGAGAAUAUGUUACCUGGAAGAAACCGUACAAGUAACAGUUGCUUUCAUUUUUAUUUCACUAGAAAUAGGUGAUGCAACAAGGUAGUUUGUAGAUUUUUAGCUCAUAUACAGGUUUGUGAGAGGUAUUAUAUAGAAAUAUAAGAGUUUAUCCCUUGCUUAUGAAAAAGUUCUUGGUGUACAAAGCAUGUGCGGGCAUUUGUAGAUAAUUAUAUUUACAACAAAAAUAUAUUUAGCACCCCUUCUCCCGCCCCUUGUUUCUUGAUCUUCACCCCCUGCAAAGAAUAGGGGUGGAAUUGUCUCACAUGUGAUGUCAGCAGUGUUCUGUGCCAAAUGGUGACAUGUUUUUUUUUUCUCAGUUUGCAGAUAUUUUGAUGCACAUUGUUAAUAAAGAAAUCUUAAGUGUAAUAUUAAUUGAUUUUUAUGGCUGAAUAUACUCUUUUAAAAUAUAAAAUAUGUAUUUAAAAUCUUUUUUUUUUUUUUCACAACAAAUGAGCCCUGGAUUUUAAGGAGGGGGGCAUUAGCUAUAUAUAUAUAUCUAUAUACACAUAUCUGCCCCCUAAUUCAAUCUUGGGUAGCAUAGGGGGGUAGGUUUUUUUUUUUAAAUCUUUCUUGUUAUUUGCAGUCACACAGACCAGCUUCCUUGUUGCACUAUGUACAUGUGAUGAUGUCAUAGCCCCACUAUUUCAUUCAAAAGCCAAAACGCUACUGGAGAGCAAGGUAGCAAUAUGGAAGAUGUUUGACAGAUUUUAAAAAGCUGCCAACCAACUACUAUCUUGAUUUAGAAAAAAAAAAAAGAAUUCUAGGUACAUUGGAAAGACACUAAGGUAAAAGAAUGAAAGUUGAAAAGCUUAAUAAAGAAAAGGACAGAGGGAGCGAGAGAGAAUCUUUGGAGCAAGAGAAUGAUGUUUGUUCACUAAUACUGAAUUGCAGGUUAACCACAAUUAUUAUAGGGGGAAGUGAGGAUGGAAUAAGAAACAAUACUUGCUCAGGAUGAUGACUAAUACUGGUCUAGAAAUAAACGUAUCAAAGAUGAUGAUGUCAGAGUCAGACUGUGAUGUCAUAAAUGUUAAACAGCUACUCUUGCUUGGACAUUCUGUUAAACUCCCAGAUGUAUGUGAGGCUCUGACUGAGCUACACACUGUAUCCAGAGGUGGUGUAUCUUCUAAAUGGCAUAGGCACAAAUGCCUUAACUGGAUGUGUCUGACGAUUUGGAGCUAACGACCCUCAAUUUGAUCUGGACCAAUGGAGGAUCUAGCAGGGCAGCAUUAUAUUUUGCAUGAAUACUCGUAUACCCUUUAUAACAUGGAAUUUCUUCAGAGAGGAUGAGCAUCAUUUUUUACUUUUUAAGCUGCUUUGUCAAGUUUGCAAUACGGAAGAGGAGACGAAAAGUACCUAUCGUAUGUAUAUUUUCUGUUUGAAUGUCUUUCUGCCUGCCGAUCUGUCUCUUUUUCUGCCUGUUUUCUUUCUUCCUUCCUGUCAUCUGCCUGUCUGUGUAUCAAUUGAAAUAAUUCAGUUUUCUGUUUGUCUGUUGAUGUGUAUGCCUACCUGUAUGUUUGUCUUUGUGUCUGUAUGUUUGUCUUUCCCCCUUCCUUCCAUCUGUCUCUCUGCCAGUUUAAACGCUGCAUAAAAAGAUUAUGCACUUACCUCUUAAUGCCUAGAGGGUAGGGCAAUCCUUCAAGCCAUGGUUCCCCAGAGGUUUCCUCCACAGGGGGUUUUUCCUUUCCUGAGUGCUGAAGGAUGACUCUUCGUGAGUCCAGAGGUACCCCACACCAUGGCGAUUUUCUGGUCAAAUAUGUCACAAUUUUCAAGAUAUAUUUUGAAUCCCUAAGUCUUUUAUUGCCUUAGCAGAGACUGUAAAAUAACACAAAUUCUGU